GAGGAUGUCAGUCCCCUCCUUGCUGUGCUCUCUCCUCCCUCCAUAGGGCAGUAUUAGCCAUCUCUCUCUCUCUCUAUAUAUCAGACACAGGAUCUGCCUUUCGCAGCCGCCGCCUUGCCGUCAGCUUGCCCGGAGCCUGCUCUCCGCUACCCUUCAGCAGCCAUGACCGAACAGGGCAGCAGCAGCAGCAGCAGCAGCCGAUAUCAGCAGGUAGGAAAGUGCCUGUUGGGCAGAGCGGUGGGCCGGGGACACGGUACGCGAGCCCCGGGGAUGAGCUCUUGUCAGCUAGGCCGCAAUGUUGCCAUCAGCCUGCUGGGGGGAUUGAGCUCAGCAGAUACAGUCAUGGCAGGAUGGGCUGAGCAAUGCAGCACCUUAAUACCGAGCCUGCAUUCAUACUGGGCUAUAUGUGAACCACCUUUUACAGUGUACACCCCAUCUAACAUUAGCUAUGGCCACAGUGCCAUAGAUAGCCAUUACAAUAUGUGUAAUGCUGCAAUACAGCUUAAUGAUUAGUGAUCAAGAUUCAUUUGGUAUACUGCACACGUUAAUCGAUCCAAGUGUUAUGAGAAUGAGAUGAUAUGUUACAUUUUAUACGUGUGUGUAUAUAUAUAUAUAUAAUCAAUCCACCCCCUGUCUACCAUUGGCUCUGCAGCUGUUAUACUGCUCUGGCUAGCCAGGAGUUCUGGGUCAAAUAAUUCAACAACUGGAGGGCCAGUCUUGGACACACAUGGGUACAAACACACUCAUCCUGAUGACCUUUGACAUGCCAGACAUGUAGUGAUGUAAAAUAAUUCAUCUUAGUCUCUACUCAGUAAUUAUGACUUUUUGUGUGUAUGUACAUGUAGCAAAAUCAUGUUCGUGCUCACAUUUUGAGUCUUUUGAAUAAUGUGAUGAUGAACACGACCUUUCAAUGCAGUGCAAUUACGAACCAUGCAUAAUUAAAUACUGCAGAGUACUGCACUUUAGUUCUAGUACAGCCAGUAGCCAUCAGCAAUAAUUUGUUUUCUGUACAAAAGGAUCAUUGUGGUUAUCUGUGUAUGUGUUGUUUUUUUAAUUUUAUUAAAGGCUUCCUAACCACUACUGCAACAUGUAACUGCAGCUGAUACAUGACCUGUUCUUUACCUUUUAAUUUACAUUACAAUUAAAGGUACACUCUUUCACCUUAACCACUACAGCAGACUUUAGUGGUUAUAGUGUGAAAGGCCUUCAAGUGCUGUCUGCUUGCCUUGCUAUGUCUGUCCCUUCUUAUCAGAGUUGGCCUGAUAAAGCACAAGUUCAUACUGCUGCAUUACCAUGUCAACAUUUCUCACAUUUAACCCCUUAUGGACUAAGCCAAAUGUACACGUUGUGAUCAAAACAAAACCUUGAAUUUACCCUAUAUGUCUGUUCAGGCGUAAUUCACCUCUUUCAUAUUAUGUGCACCCACACUUAUUAUAUAUCAUUUUUUUUCAGGGUUUCAGGGAAACAGGGCUUCAUUUAACAUCAAAUAUUUAGGUAUGAAACAUAAUUUUAAAAGAAUAUAAUAGAAAAAAAAUGGGAGAAAAUAAGAAUUCUUUUUUAGUUCUACGUGGCAUUUUAACUGUGAAUGUCAUAAUACUGUUUGCUUUUACUGCAAUAAAAGACACAUAUUUGUAUUCAGCUAUGUCUCACGUGUAAAACAGUACCCCUUAUGUACAGGUGUUAUGGUGUUUUGGGAAGUUACAGGGUCAAAUAUAGCAAAUAUAGCGUGACCAAGUGGCUACUAAAAAAGACUGGAUAUAUACUCCAUUUGCAAUACUGAGAGUUGUCUACUAUUGCAAAGGGUAUGCCAUCAUGGGGGUAAUUUUCAUUCCUGGGCUACCAUACGGUCUCAAAGGCAACGUAACCAAUCUGGUGAAUUUCAAUGUGAAAAACUGAAACGCAAGCCUUAUAUUUGACUCUGUAACUUUUGAAAACACCAUAAAACCUGUACAUGAGGGGUACUGUUAACUAAAAAAAAAAAUAUCACAACAAUUAUAUUGUCAGUGUAAGUGCCAUUUGUGUGUGAAAAAUGCAAAAAAUUUCACUUUCACUGACGAUAUCGUCGUUGUAAAACAUUUUACUGUUUUUAAACACUAAUAUUUGUGUUCAGCAAAGUCUUCCGAGUAAAACAGUACCCCCCGUGUACAGGUUUUAUGGUGUCUUGGAAAGUUACAGGGUUAAAUAUAGUGCUAGCAAAUUAAAUUCCCUGGUCUUUCGGCGUGGGUUGUCAGGCAGGUCCCGCAAAUUGUAAUUAAUAAAAUGACGUAAUUAUGUAAAAUUUUUACAUAAAUAUAUACAUAGAAUUAUUGUGUGUGUGUGUGUGUAUGUGUGUGUGUGUAUAUAUAUAUGUAUAUGUAUGUGUGUGUAAUUUCGUUCUAACUGUAUUUUGAUUAUAUAUAUAUAUAUUGAUAUCAAAAUACACGUAUUCCGCAUAGGGGCAGCAUCCACAGCCUCCAGUGUCAACAUUCCAGUUUAUGUUAUAAAAACACUGGGGCGCUGGAAAUCAUCUGCUUAUUCACGGUACAUACGAACCCAGUACAAGAAUUAAGGGAUGCUUUCAAAAAUAUGUCUGGUUGAUAUGUGUAUCUGUAUUGGUUGUCUGUGAUAAAUUUGAUUACUUAAUGUUUGACCUCAUCGUCGGUUCCGGCACACCACAACCGACUUGCUCUUUUUACUAUCCUACAUUUCAUUAGGGUAUUUUUACUCUGUACUAUCAUGAGCACCUAACACAAGUAUUAAGGCAAUUUGGCCUGUAAUUGUGGGAGGUGCUUAUUAUCCACUCCUGGCCUACUUAAGGAACACCCCUUACCUUGCUCCUUACCGUUCGAGGUCAGCAUUGAAUGACCCUCCCACCACACCACAUUAUAACAUUUAUUUUCCUUUUUUAUUUCUUUUCCUUGGUAAGCCCUCUUCUUUCUCAGGCCUACUUCAUCGUCGGUUCCGGCACACCACAACCGACUUGCUCUUUUUACUAUUUCAUUAGGGUAUUUUUUUUACUCUGUACUAUCAUGAGCACCUAACACAAAAAAAAAAUAAAAAAAAAUAAAAUAUAUAUAUAUAUAUAUAUAUAUAUAUCUCUCUCUCUCAUCUCAUUUGGUUCUACAUGUAUUUUGAUAAUAUAUAUAUUAAAAUACAGUUAGAAAUUACACACACCCACACACAUAUAUAUAUAUUAGUAUUUUACACUGUUUUUAUUUAUUUAUUUCAUUCUUUAUUUAUGUUGACAUUUUUGCACUGUUUUUAAACUUUAAUUUUUUUUUUUACAGGCAGCAGGGGGAGUAUCUGUCGUUACAGGCACUCCCUCUGCUGGCUCUGACAUGGCUAUGCCAUCCAUGUGAUCGUGAGGUCCUCGCAAAGACCUCGUGAUCACAUGGCCCAGGAGGGCCAGAACGGCAGCAGGGGGUCUCUGUGAUCGCCAGCGACCGGGUAAGUAAAUAGGACGGCGGGAACGUGCUAUGCCGCUUGAUCCCCAUGGACGGCAUUGCACGCCCUCCUUCCUUAAGGGGUUAAACAGUAUUUAUUAGCUGUGAGUGUCAGCUGAUCGCUGUCAGCCAAUCAAUACUGUUUAAACCUGAUUGCAUUGGUGUAAAAACAUGGCAGUAUCAAAUUACACUUUGUAAGGCCAACUCAGGCCAGAUGGUCUGCAGGAACCCAACCCCGCAAGGUGAAAGUGAAACCAUGUGUACAUUUUUUGACAGAUUACUGGUGGACAGCACUUGGGAACAUUAUAGAGCAAGCAUGUCAAACUCGCGGGCCGCAUGCGGUCCACACUGAGUAUAUUUGCGGCCCUCCUAACCUGGUACCGCUUUGUGUGGUGGCUGCAAUCAGCCGCACGACAGGAAAGCUUUCAUUUCUGAUUCUUGCCUUUCCUCCCAUGGCCGCAAGAGGGCAGAGUGGCUGUCUGUCUGCAGAGCAAGCCAGCCACUCCCCCUUCCCUCCUGCUGCAGUGCCAGAGGAGCGUCCGGCCUGCUUAAACAGAGAAGAGCAGGGCUGGAACUGGAGGAUGGUGUGGCUCAUCUUGAGGUAGGAGAAGAGGGGCUUUGGGGAGUUUCCUGUGUAGUGUGCUUAACUGGGUGGGGGGCAGUGCAUUAAUUUGAGGGUGGGAGGGGGCAGUAUAUUAAUUUCGGAAGAGUGGGGGCCAGUGUAUUAAAUUUGGGAAAGGAGUGGGAAGUGUAUUAAUUUGAGGGAUGGAUGGGGGUAGCAGUGUAUUAAUUUGGGGAGAGAGGGGGCAGUGUAUUAAAGUGGAAGCAGUGUAUUGGAUUAAGGGGCAGUGUAUGAGAUUGGAUUUGGGGAAAUGUACUGAAUUUAUGGGCAGUGUAUUAGAAUAGGGGAGGGGGCAGCGGAUUAGAUUUGGUCUGCAUGGAGGCGCUGGAAGCUCGCCAUGGAGAUGCUGAUUGGCCGUGCAGCUUUUUGCCACACAUGCACAAUGGCUUCCAAAUGCUUUCCUAUAGGAAAGUAUUGGAUUGGCUGAGAUCAUAAAGUUUGAUGAUCUCAGCCAAAGUGAAGAACUCACUCAUAGGACUUCAAAAUCAACAAAAUAACCUCAUUUGAUUUUUACAGCUGUGCAACAACAUACAUUCACCAUUUCAGUCACAUUACCAAACUUUUUCUUAAUAUGUCAAGGUAGUUUGACUGAAACAAUGGUUAUAUGCAAAUGCACGUCUCCUUAAAAUAAAUUCGCUGUUUUGUUUACUUUGAAACCCUACUUUGAAACCUGACAGCGUUGAAUAACAGAAAAAAAUAGCGCUAAAAUUGUCUGAACAGAUGCACUUUGUGAUUUUCGUAGCGUAAGGUCCAAUGUCAGGCAACUUUUUUUAUAUUGUACUUUUCAAAAUAAACCUACGUUUCUAUUAAAAUGGACGUUUUUUUGGGGUUUUUUUUUGUGCCCUCAUAAACUUAAACCUUGUUUAUUUGGCCCGUGUUACCUUUUGAGUUUGACAUACUUGCUGUAGAGGAUAUGGUUCCUAGAGUGUCCCUUUAAUUUUCCGAAAGAAUGGAGACGCUACGAAAAUCACAAAGUGCAUCUGUUCAGACAAUUUUAGCGCUAUUUUUUUCUGUUAUUCAACACUGUCAGUUUGUUCCAUUUGAGGUGGCAAAAAUGCUGAGUUUAGCUGAAUACAGCAUUGCCUAGGCCAGGGGUUUCUAAUCUUUUUUGGACUUCAUUGAUAGAAAUCUCAUUUUUUGUUUUCUAGGCAAUUGCUCCAUUCUAGAUAAAUGUUUCUUUGAAAUGUAUGUGCUUAGCAGUUCAAGACUGUAAUAGUGCACGCCACCUGCCUUAUAUAGCUGUAACCUGCUUUGCUUUGAUUCACACGGUUGUAACAUAGAGAUCAAAUGAUUAUCUGUUAUUCAUGAAGUCUUAUUUUUUUGCACUAGAGACUUUGUUUGAAUGUAUCCAGAUAAUCUGGGAAAAGUUUAUCAAGAUUUAAUCUUAACCCUUUAAGGACACAUGACAUGUGUGACAUGUCAUGAUUCCCUUUUAUUCCAGAAGUUUGGUCCUUAAGGGGUUAAAAUCUUGUAGAUCUUUUAGACAGAAACAAAAUUUGCAUUAACAUUUUUAUAUAGUUUAGUUUGGUUAUCAAACACCUUGUAUAUUUUUGUGAUAGUUUCCAGUUCAAUUGAACCUUUCACUCCCUGUUUAACUUUAGCUGUAACUGCUCAGAAGUUGGUAAAUAUAUAAUUUUUCAUCGUGAUAAAUUGUAUGUUUGUGUGCUUUGGAAGCUGUUCAAGUGUUACCUGCUGCCCCUGGCUCCAGCAUCACAAUUCCUGUAGGGAAGUGAGUGUGAGUUACCUUCCAAUGCUGCCCUCUCCAUACGGAGUUGGUUAUGCUUGGGAGCACUUUUCCAAUCAGGGCAAUGCUCUCAUCAUGCUGGAAUCAUCUCAAUUAAGUUGUUAUUGUGUCUGGCGUUCCUGGGUGCCAUAUUACCUUCUUGAUUUAACAGAUUUUGAAUAGUUUCACCCCAAAGUUCUCUCGACCGCUCAUGGCCCCCAGCUUUUUCCUACAUACUUUCUCUAAAGUAUUUCUCUAAGUGGGCCACCAUUGAUAGAUUUCAGAGUAUCAGUGGUGCCCAAGUGGAUGGCUUCCACAUUGAAGCUGGGGCUGAAGAGGAGACAGAGGGGCUGAACAGAUGGGCUACGUUGAGAGGGCUCAGAAAGCGGUUUAACACCUUAAGGUAAGACUGUGCCCAGGAAUCCAGACUCUAUAGAAACCUUUGUUGAAAUUAUGUUGUUAUGGUGCCAAGAAUGGUAAUUUCAGUGUAAACACAAGAUACUUUGCUGUUCCUUGUAUUGCCAUUUUAUUGAUGAUAUUUAAAGGGACACUGUAGGCACCCCGACCUACUUUAGCUCAUUGAAGUUGUCUGGGUGCUGUAUCUCUUUUGCACCUAGUGCUGCUUCUCUGGAACUGCAAUGUUUACAUUGCAGCACUAAGUCUGCCCUCAGUGGGGGCGCUUCUGGAAUCGUAACAGACUUUUGGUCCGAUAUCUGAUGGUCCUCCUCCAGCGUCAGAUUUUCCCCAUAGGAAAGCAUUAAUUCAAUGCUUUCCUAUGGGGAGGUCUAAUGCAUGCACGCAUGGCAUUUGCUGAUACUGCACAUUAGACUCCGUUCGCAGGAUGGAGGAGGGGGGUGGAGCUUCGACUCAACACAGAGUGACAUUGGCGUUGGGAUAAGGUAAGUAAAUAAAGGGAUUUUAACCCUUUAUUUACCGGGGUGAGGGGGUGCGAGGGAGGGAGGAGGCAGAGGGAUCGGUAGUGCCAGGAAUACAGCUUUGUUUUCCUGUCACUACAGUAUACUUUUAAGUCAUUCGGGGUGGUAGUAGGGAUGAUCUGGACAAUUUUAUUAUGUUCCUAAAAUAUUAAGGUUUGAGUCUUAUUCAUAAAGUUAAUAUUAACAAUGUUGCAUUUCUGCAUCUAACUUUAAGUGGAGGAGCAUAAAGAAUUUAUAUCAAAACCCUUUUUAAGAUUAAAGUUAAUCUAUAAUGGUUUUUUGGUGAGUAGCAGUCACCACCAGAAGUAAAUGACUAAUCUACAUCUUGGCCAGUUUGUGAGCAGUAGGGGUGAUCGAAGCAUCUUUUUCUGAUUGUGAAGAAGAAGCAUGGGAACUCAUCAAUAGAUUUUUGGAGAAACAUUACCAUCCAGAUACUACUAGAAGUAAAUAUGGAAUGAAAUUCUGUAAUUAAUGUUAAUAAACAGAUUAUAAAGGACUUUGGUCUGAAUAAAAAUAAUAUAAAUAUAAAAUGUUGAAAUUCAUAUGCUUUCAACUAAUGAUCAAAAUAUGACAUUUUGGAUAUUCUUAAUUGUCUAAAUUUAUAAAACUAGUAAAAUCACAUUGAAAAGUGAUACAGUUUAUUGUUUGUUAUAAGGUAUAGCAGUUUCUAUGAGCAAAUUAUUGGCCUACUAAAUAAGUAGUGGAUUAUUUUUGUCAAAGACCUGUGGUUGAAAUUAUCACUCACCGACAAACAAAGAUUGAUCUUUACAGAAGCUCUUAAACGAAAAGAAAUCUUCUUGAUUUAGCAAAAGUACUGUAAACAAAGAACAGACCACUUUAGGUUCCUUUCCUUUAGGCCGGUUAUUUUAGAUGUGGCAGUAUUAAUUACCUCUUCCUACGUGGGCUAUGGGACACAGAGCUUUGCCUCUGUGGUUAACUUUUUCCUGAUAUACUGUACACUAUGCAGUUGUGCUUAUGUAAUCUAUCUGCGUGCGUGUCACUGUGGCAUACAGUAUAAUGGGCAGAGCUACAGAGUCCAUAAAUUACAUUCAAAGAACACAGAAAUUCUGCUUCUAACGAGAACUUAAAAAAAACCUCCAUUGCUAUUCACUUUCAGGAUUUGUUAUUCAGUUAAGAUUAUAUAUAUAUAUAUAUAUAGGGCUGUCCCUUUGGAAUGAAUUGAGUAGAUGUUAUGUCUAGGUGAGUUUCAAUAUGUGAGGCAAAGUAGGUUAAAUAUACCAUUGGAUCCUGCAUGUAUAGCUUCAACAGGUCUGAAGACAUUCAUUGAAAGAUACACUGCUUAGCAACAACAUUAAAAUCACUUAUGCAAUAUCGUGUAGGUCCGCAUUCAUUCAUGUGGUUUAAAAGGCACUACGUACCCCUUGUGUGUGUGUGUAUAUAUACUUCAGAUAUUCUAGAAGACAUAUUUUUGCAAACUUGUUGGCUUAUGACUUUGACCUUAAAUUAGUUACAGAACUACUUCAUAACUUUAUGUCCUUAUUAAAUUAUAUCAUUUAUAAAGCCCCGACCGAUUCCUUGGUGUUGUAAAAUAGUUGGACUUGUACAAUAUUUGGACUAUCAAACUUGUAUUUUGUAACAAGACAAGUUGGAGCAGAAGGUGCUGAAUUUACAAGCAACUGAGUAAAUCAACCUAUUUUAUUCUCUUCUAAAUCAUACUGCAUUCAACUUGGAGAAACUCUGGAGAUAUGACACUUUUUUUUUUCCAUAUUAUUUUAUCAAGUAAAGCUGAAAAACUUGACGCACAAGAUAAGCUACUCUAGCAACUCAAACUUCUUUAAAGUGUUGACUCAACUUGAUUCAGAAGAUAAGUGCUCAUGAUCAACUAGCCUAAUUCUUUUCAUUUUUUGGGGAAGUUUUUAAGUAGGUAAGCUAGAAGGACUUCCAUCAUGUUGUGGCUAGCUUUCUGUUUUGUUUCUGGAUCAUUUGGUUUUCUUCUUUUCCAGUUUUUUCUGCAACCAAUAUCUCUGGAACCUGAAUGUUCUAUUGGAGCACUAGACAGAGCUAUGUAAUUAAAGCAUUUUCUUCAUUAGAAGUUCCCCUACUGACUUUGAUGAACCACUGGUGUUUGAAUUCAGAGAAGAAGAAACAGACCAUUAUUUUGCUGAGAAGGGCUGUGUUGAGAGACUUGCCCUGUUUUCUGUCUCCCCAUCUCCUUUCCCACAAUUUGGUACAGGAGUAGGGCUGAAUGAUAGAAGUUGCUGUAACUCCGACUAAGUCUAAGCAGGCUUAGAUAUGUUUCCCAGUGCCGUCUUGAGAUUAGGGACCUUACUGUGUAUAUGGUCCCUUCCAUGAUGCAUUCUGGAUUUGUGUUUGUUGAGCCCAGUCUUAAGAACCUGAAAUAAUACUCUUGGUCCCUGUAUAACUUAUGGCAAAUUAACUUACCUGCAUAGUGGGGGGGGGGGGGAUUGAAUAAAUUGUACAACUGUAUGCAGACAAAAUUUACUAUUUAUAAUAUUAAUCCAUUAGUCUAUAUUUUUGCCUUUCGUGCAGCAAGUAUUAAGAAGUCUGUGUGGAUUUUAUUCAUGGGAACAAAAGGGCCACAACUGUGACUUUUUUUUUUGCAUUUCAUAUGCAACAUUUAAUUCUCACAGCAGUACAGCCAAUGCCAGACAAAGGUUGAUUGAGAAUUGUAAUGCAGGGUAUCUAAACUAUGUUGCACUUUAGUUUCUAUUUUUAUACAUCCUCUGAGAUUAAAUUGGAUUUCCCUUCUGGUGCAGUUUUUCUUAUAUGAAGAUACAAAUUUUGACACUGUUGUGCUACUUUAGUAUUAAAAAACACCCUAACCCUUUACAUUUUAUACGUGUACAUUUAACUACGAGCAGUAUUCAAAAUCAAAUAUAGAUGAGUUAGAAAUAUUAUUUUUACAAGUAUUGUUAUUUAUUUAUAUUGCUCCACCAUUAGGCAUGCUAAAUCAUUUAACUGGGGUUAAUACAAAACUCUCAGAGAAGGAUACAGGAGAUUGGGGAAAACAGUUGGAGACCCCUUGACAGUUUCACAGUUUCAUGGAGCAUCUCUUGAAAAUGUAACACUAUAUAUAAAAAUAAAAUGUUAUAUUCUAAUAUAUAUGCUCAAAAGAGUAGGGAAAUCCUCUCAAUUCUGUUAAAAAACAAACUGACCAAAAAAAAAAAACCUCUUUAGAAGGAGGUCAACAUAGGAAGCUGCUGGGUGCUUUCCACAAUCAUCUUGGGAGUGGACAAUGUUAUUCUGCAAAACCCAGCCAAAACAGUGGAAAAUGUAUAUCCAACAAUCACAUUGUAUUAAAACAGACAGUUAUACUUUACAUCCUAUGUCAGGCAUUGGCAACCUUUGGCACUCCAUAUGUUUUGGACUACACCUCCCAUGAUGCCUUGUCAGCAUUAUGGGUGUAAGAGCAUUAUGGGGGAUGUAGUCCACAACAUCUGGAGUGCCGAAGGACCUGUGUUUCUUACUCUUGCGAGGACUUUGUCAGGGACUAUUGUUACCAUAAAUUAAAAUCAUAGUAAACCGCAGUUGUUAGUGAAGUGGAGGAAUGUCACAUAGGCCGGGGCUGAUGGGAGCACAGGGGGUGGCAAGGAGAGGGAAUCUGCCUCCGUUGAUUAUGUGGCACCAUGCACCAAAUUCACAUUGGCCAUCCCGGAACCCUUUUUCAUGGCUGGCCAAUGAUACCCAGUGGUGCUGGAGGUGGAGUUACACCUCCAGCAGCAGAUGGGUAAAUCUCUGUAUGUGCAGCGUUCUAGUGAAACGCUGAACCAUUCAGACUCCAGGCAAAAUGACGACUUCUAAUCACUAAAGUGGUUAUCGUGCUUGGGGUGACCUUUGAUCAAAACCUUAAUCAUUGGCAGAGCAUUAAAUAUUUAUUUAACUUGUAGCUUUUAUGCUUAUUAAGAAUCAUUCUAUAUUACUAGUAACAUUCUAACCUGAUUAUUAUACAUUUUAUUGUUUGGUUCACCACAGUUACAUGUUUAGAGAAUGAAGCCCACUAUCUUUAGUAUCAAGUCUCCAAUUUCUCAGUAUGCUUUUACAAAGCAAUUGCAAAUUGUAACCAUAAUUUAAAACCUGCAUGGAAUUAGGUUACUUCAAUUUCAUUUGAUUUAUUUACUCCAUAUAUUUUAUGUUUGAUAACCCUUGGGCUGCUUCCUUUGUUGAAUAAUGUUUUUAUAUAAAUUGACAGAGCUGGCAGAGUUCUAAGCAGAGCGCUUUGAAUUAUUAAUUUUUUCCAUGAAAUGGCUCACAGGCUUUGUAUAUAAUAACCACCAAAAUGUUACUUGUUGCUGCAAAAGGAAGCCAUUUUGUAGAGGGCUGAAAUGGGGAUAUUUCUAUGUUUUUUUUUUUUUUUAUUUUUUUUUUUUACAUAUGCAUGAGUCAGGAUACUUAAUCAUCUUUUUUUUUAUUAAAUACAUCAAUGUCCAGAGCUGGAAAAGACCUACUGCGCAUACAAAGUUAGUACCCAAAAUAUUUUAAAUCUAUACCCAUAAAUAAAUAAAUUUAAAAAAAAAAUACUAACACUUUUUUUUUCCUUUCUUUACUCCUUUAAUGACCAAUAAUUUGUAUUAUUAUAGCAUCCACAUAGCUCCUAUUGCUACUUUGAACUGUUCACUUAUUUAGCAAAAGCUGACUUCUAUAGAGCAGUACAACAAUUCUAGGGCAGCAGUGUGCUAUGUAAUUAUUUCUCCCUUCCAUUCGACUUAAACAUUGCAAGGUAUGAAAUCUAAAUAGAUGUGGAUAUGUGGAGGAGUGGGCAUGCCUGUGAUGUUACAGUGAGCCUGACUGAAAUGUAGUGUGGCAAAGCAGUCAGAGCUGCACAUGAACAGUGCUGCUUAAAGGACCACUAUAGUGCCAGGAAAACAUACUCUUUUCCUGGCACUAUAGUGCCCUGAGGGUGCCCCCACCCUCAGGGUCCCACUCCCGCCGGGCUCUGGAGGGAGAAAAACUUACCUUUUUCCAGUGCUGGGCGGGGAGCUCUCCUCCUCCGUUCCUCCUCCUGGGCUGAAUGCGCACGCGCGGCAAGAGCAGCGCGCGCAUUCAGCCGGUCACAUAGGAAAGCAUUCAUAAUGCUUUCCUAUGGACGCUGGUGUGCUCUCACUGUGAAAAUCACAGUGAGAAGCACGCAAGCGCCUCUAGUGGCUGUCAAUGAGACAGCCACUAGAGGAAUAGGGGGAAGGCUUAACCCAUUCAUAAACAUAGCAGUUUCUCUGAAACUGCUAUGUUUAUGAAAAAAUGGGUUAACCCUAGCUGGACCAGGCACCCAGACCACUUCAUUAAGCUGAAGUGGUCUGGGUGCCUAGAGUGGUCCUUUAACCAAUCUUGCAUGGGCUUAUUGUCCUCCUGCAGAGCUAUGAAUGCAUUUAUAACCUGAAAACUUUUCUAUGUUGUCUCACGAGCAAGACCUAUUUAGACCUUUCUCCCCCUUAUUAGUCAAAUCUUUGAAAUAUAAUCUAUGCUGACAAGGGAGAGCAGAAAACCCCUCCCACAGAUGGCGCUUUUGCUUUCCCAAAAAUAGCAAUUACAGUGCAUGCACUGUGGUUGUUAUGGAAACUCCAUAGCUUAUGCAGCUAUAUAGGCUAUAGGAAUGGAGAAACUUGCAUCACUACUUUUAGAUGUGAGCAUGCUCACAACGAAGUCAGCAUGUCCGCAUCAAUCAGGAGGUUUCAUCUGCCUGAGGAAGCAUUCCCAAGCAGGGCAAAUGAAAGAAGACCAGAAAAAUGGAGGAUGGACUGGAGGUGGUUGUUACAUGAAAAGUAACAACCACCAACCUCGAAAGAUGGUGGUGCUGGGAAAAAAAAGGUGAGGUUAGUAUAUCUCGAUAUUUUACAUUUCAUACACAAUGUUUUUUUGUGAUAUGUUAUAUAUUUAAUGUAUAUGGGGUAAUUUAAGAUCCGUCUUCUUUAUCCUUUUCCCUUCCUCGCUGUCAUGAUCAAUUUAAUUUAUUCCCGCUACACCUGUUUUCUGUUGACAGCAUUAAUUCUGUUUUUAGUGGGUGUCACACUUACUGUAAGACACAACUUUCUUGAAUACCCCUGUUUGGAAAGCACAGUAUUGCUUACCAUAACGGGUUAAAAGUCCCUAACACUUUGUUGGCUUUAUCGCAUAAAUGAAACGUAUUCUCUCCCAUUGCUGUAGCCUCUGACAGGCCUCUUCCCUUUGCAGGCAUUGCAUUUUCUAAACCUGAUUUCAAGCAGGAGGGUUUCCCUGAUGAGACUUGCAGAGCACAGCUUUCAUAUGUCUCUGCUGAUUGGCACAAACUGGAUUGACUGACAGGAAAAGGCGCUUUUUAUUUAAUCUUUUGAUUUUUGAGAAAUCUAUACAUUUGCUAGCCAUUCUGCUAGCACAAUCUAUAGAUGCAUUUUGAUUCUUUGUCAUUUAAGAUUAAAUUUGUAUUUGCGGUGACAUAUAGUCUUUAAUCCAGUGGGUGCGAGAGGUCUGUGUUCCUAAUCCAUCAAAUCCAUAAAAGUGUUACAAACCUUGUUAUAUAUGUAACAUGUGCAUUAUAAAGUGUAAUAGAUUUGACACUAAUGAUUUGGCAACAAGAUGGUCUAAGACUGAGGACUAAAUGUUGAGUGCCAGAAGUCUCUAACAGAGUUAUUUUAAUAAAGUGAAAACGGUCAGAAUUCCAAGUUACUUCAAUGUAAAAUCUGUCAUCUAUGCUUCCUGCUUGGCUAUUUUUUUCUAAAAUGGAACAUUUUAAAAUCCCUUUGCAUUCUCAUCAAUUAUUACUUUAGCAUAUAACUAUGUAAGUGUUUGAGAGAGUAAUGUAGCUAUUAACCUUCCAGAUAGCAGAAGCUUGCCUCUAGGGGUCAUUUCAUCAAGAAUUAAACAACCUCAUAAGCUUAUAUCUGAUUUUCUGAUGGUGUCUUUUUAUUAAAUGACACACUGAAAAACCAAAGCAGAAUUGGUGGGAACAGUUCCUACAUUGGGCAACCACACACAAGGGGUUGGGAGCAGAUGUAAAUUAUUACCGUAGAUACAGGACAGCAGCAUUUAUUUCCCCCCUUCUAGACAUUGUCAUGUUGUGCUAACAUAGGCACACAGUGCAAAUUCUGUUGAUACUUUCAGUGGUAAUACGAAAGAAAUUACCGUAUAUACUCGAGUAUAAGUCGAGUUUUUCAGCACAUUUUUUGUGCUGAAAAACCCCCACUCGACUUAUACUCAAGUCACUGUCUGUAUUAUGGCAAUUUACAUUGCCAUAAUACAAACAAGGACCGCCGGGCUCUUUACAAGCCCGGCAGUCCUGCUGGGGGCUAGCAGAGAUCUGUAACUUACCUUUCCUGCACCUCCUGUCAGCUCCCUUCUCCUCCGUUCCGGUCAGCACCUACUGCAAGUCUUGCGAGAGCCGCGGGGUCAGUGCGUUGCCACGGGAGGAGAAGGGAGCUGACAGGAGCUGCUGGAAAGGUAAGUUACAGCUCUCUGCCAGCCCCCCUCCUACACAACCCAUCCACUGGACCACCAAGGAAUGAGAGCCCCCCUCCCUGACCAGCUAACAAGCAGUGAGGGGGGAUGAAAAAAAUAAAUAAAAUUAAUAUAUAUAUAAAAAAAAAAAAAAAUUAAUAAUAUAAAUAAAUAACAAAAAAAAAUGCCCACCCCCCACCAAGGCUCUGCAUCACACACACACACACACACACACACACACACCAUUCCUAUACAUACUCAUAUACACUCUGCAUUCAUACAAACACACACUGUAAAUAAAUAUUCAAUUAAUAUAAAUUUGGGGAUCUAAUUUUAUUUAGAAAUUUACCAGUAGCUGCUGCAUUUCCCACCGUAGUCCUAUACUCGAGUCAAUAAGUUUUUUCCCAGUUUUUUGGGGUAGAAUUAGGGGUCUCGACUUAUAUUCGGGUCGACUUAUACUCUAGUAUAUACGGUGUGUUCAUUUAAAGGGACUAUAUAGGGUCAGGAAUAAAAACCUAUAUUCCUAACCCUAUAGUGUUAAAACCACCAUUUAGGUGGCUUGCCCCCUAAAAUGUAAUAAAACUUACCUUAUUUCCAGCGCCACGUGGGUCUGCCGGUGCUGGCCCUGCUUCAGAUCCGCUACCUUGUUGACCUCAUCAGAAUUUGUUUUCAGCCAGUCCAGUGAAAAUAGUCAAGGAGGCGGGAAUCAAUGCAUCGCUAUGAGGAAAGUUCAGCGUCUUCAUGGACAGUGUGCAGCACCUGCAGAGGCUAACUAAGAAAUGGCCACUGGGGGUGUCCCUAGGGGGCAAUGUAAACACUGGCUUUUCUCUGAAUGAAAAUCCCUGCAGGGAAUGAUUACUCACCAUAACAACUACAUUAACAGAUGAGUGUAAACAAACCACUAGUUGGCUGAUAAUGCCUACAGAAAGGUUAGUUCAUCUUAAGCUUUAAAGCUAAACUGCUUCUCAAUUAAUAUGUGGCCAACCUAGAUGUCUUGUGUAGUUGAACAGUAGCUAGAGAUAAUGAAGACUAUUUCUUAUUUUCAAGUUCAUGGAGACGUCUUCCUUUAGGAAAGCAUGCUUUAAAUAGAAUGCCCAGCAAUAGCAGUCUAACAUUAAUCUGGAAGGUAUGAAAUUGGCAUUGGUGGGAGUUGAGACAGGGCAAAGUUGAAGUAGAGGUCAUGUUAAUAAUUCCAUAUGUAACACUGGAGACCCUCAACAGCAGGAAACUGGCAGACAAACCUGGCAUGCGACAAAGUUAACAGGCCGCUCUGCAAGCCUGCCGCACGGAUUUCUAUGUCCAGAGUGUUGCCAGCAUCUUUUGUGUGCACUUUCUGCACAUAUUAUUGCCAAAUGAAUAAAGAAUUACAUGGAACGGUAGAAGAUAGGGAAAUCAUUACAUAUAUAAAAUAAAACAUAGUUAAUUACCUCUGUAUUUAAAUUGUAUGCUUUUAAAUUUGCAGUUACAGUGGAACACAGGAAGUGUCAAAAUGUCUGUAUAUCCCAUUAACACCUGCUUAAAUGUUAUGCACACAGAUGGAAAGCUAUUUAGUAAGUUAUGUAGGGCUUGUAUAGUCUUAUAAGAAUUAGUUUGAGUAAGAGGAAACGGGAGCUUGUGGUUCAAAAAAUUUUUUAAAAAAUUCUUUUCAAGGGUCUGGAGCUGUUGGACCAGAAUGAAGGAAGGUGGACAACCGUCUUCUUGCUCCUUAUAUGUUGUAGUGUCUGUGGUUCUUAGAUUGCCUCUUAAAAACUCUCCAUACUGGAUUUCAUACUACCAUAUUGGUUUAACUCUGGGCUUGACAAAUUUUGUCUCGUACUAGGAGUUAAAAAGGCUUCUGACCAUUAGCCAUGAUUCCCUGAUGCAACUUUCAUGAUAAACCUCACUGACCUUUGUAUCCUGUUCAGCACCCGCAAUGACACCCUUAUCACAUUUGGCAACAAUUACAUCACAUACUGUUUAUAUGUAACUGAUCCCACCAAUGUCUUUGGAAUUAUCAUAUUGUACUGGAUUUUCUCCCCAUACACCUUGUCUAGAUAGGCAAAAUGUAUUGUCAAUCACCAGCUAGCACCCACACUGGUUAGUGAAUAACUGUACUGUAUUUUUAACCAUGUGUCAUUCUUCACCUUCGUGUGAAGUUAUCACUGAACACAGAGCAUAAUGAGAUGUGAUAAUGUCUGGCUUCCAGCUUGUUCUAAUCUAAUGCAGCCUGCUGUGUCAUGCUUACAGAAUGGAAUUGGGAAUUAAGGAAUCCUUUCUCUGAAAUCUAGGGAAUUAUUUUAAAAAAAUGUUUUAGUUGCUAAAAUAAUUCUUUCUAUAAUUUUAUUGCUCUCAUUUUUGAUCAGGUGCUUCCCCCUUUCAGUUUUAAAAUCCAGUGGCAGCCAGUGAAAUCCCAAAGCUACAAAGUCACAUUGACUGCAGCUCAGCCAGUAUGUACUUGAUCCCAAUGGCUCCAGGUCUUCUCUACCUAGACACGAGUAAAAGGAAUUGGCAAAUAUAAGAAUCCAAUGUUGAGAAUCAGUUUUUUGUUUUUUUUCUCUCUACAUUUUUCCUAAUUAAUUUACCAUAAAACAUUUUGAUAUGUGAUUUAUUUUGCAAUAUUUGCUCUAUUCUGCAUUGGUGCUGUUACUUGGCACUUUCAGAUUGUCAUCAAUAAGAUGUUUUGGUCAUUUAAAAACAAAAAAAAUUGUUGUAGACCAUUAUAAUUUACCUGUGCAUGUUUUUCUGCAUUACACAAUCUUCUUUGUAUCAAAUGAUGCUGAAACUAUGUUUAAUCUUAUACAUAAAAAUAUACCUCUUUUAAUAUGUACCUUAAAACCAUACAGCUGGCAUUAUGAAAUCAGGAAAGGCGUAGUGUGUCAAAAAAAUAGUGUUGGGCAGUCUCCAAGCCUUCCAAAUAGGGCUACUUCUCUGCACAGCACAAAUCUCUAUCCCUCUCAAAAUAUUUUGUGAUGGAUAGGCCCAAUUUGGGACACAAAUCACAAUAUCCUGUAUUUUUACUCUUGUGUCUUGCUUCUGAGAUACUGGAUGAGCCAUGUGUUUUUUCAAACCUCUUAAACUGACAAAAAAAACCUCCAGUUUUGCAAAAAUAACUCCCCUUUUAAUGUAUACUAUACACUGUAGUAGUUAUGGUGCUGAGAAUUUUCAUUUGCAUCUUUUUCCCCCCUUUGUUUUAUUUAAGCAUAACAAAACAUUAUACAAUAAAAGAAACAAUAAAAAUAGCCAUCUGUUUUAUACUUAAUUUUAUUAGCUGAACUUGUCCCUUUAAAAAAAAUACAUGACCAUGAUUCUUCAAUUCUGGGCAUAUACACAAAAUUGAAUCUCAAUGCUAUUUCAGUGGUUAGCCAUUUUUGACAGCUGCCUAAAUGUCAUUUGUCCACAAAAACUUGUUUACUGCUGUAGUUUCCAACCAGUGUGCCGUAUCAUGCUGGGGUGCCCAUGCCACCUCUAAUUCUGUGAUUUCAAGGCUGUUAUAGGUUAAAUAUAUUUCAUCGUAUCAAUUAAAGGGAUGCUUUAAACAAAAAAAUAAUUUAGCUUAGUGAAGUGGUUUAGGUAUGUAUGUAAUCUAUGCCCCUGCAGUCUAGCUGCUCAAUUCUCUGCCAUUUCAGAGUUAUACCGCUUUGUUUAUGCUGGCCUAGUCACACCUCCCUUAGCUCAGGCUUUUUCACAUAAACUAGAGGCUGUCAUUAGUUUUAUAGGUUUUUGGUCAUAGAACACAAUUUUAAUUCCUAUAGUGUUCUGAUAUACCGGAAGUGCCAAUCUCCCAAUCAAGGUACAGUUUGAUUAAAAUAAUGUCAUUGUGCUAUUUUUAUAUAUAAAAGAUCACUGUCCUUUUAACAUAUCUCAGAAUCUUUAAGGCCACACAAAAUUUCCCAGCACGUAACUAUGUCUGCCUGCAUUUUGCUCAUGUUUUGGAAUUUCCAAAGCCUGCUGACACACAAAUAGAUAUACCUCAGAAUUGCUCAUCAGACCAGUAAUUGUUUCCUUCAAAUACAUAGACUUAAACAUACAAGAAUUACACUUGGUAUAUUUCUGUUAAAAAAAUAAAUAUCCAGUUGCAAAUUUGAUAUAUUGAGGGAUUUAUUUAUUUUUGGAAUAGAUAUUUAUGAUCUCACUUUACUUUAAUUAAAGUUGACUAUAGCAAAUUAAGUAGUAUGCCCACACCAGCUUAAUGUGCAUAAAAUUAGUGGCCUUUUGCUCCCUGCAAGUGGUGGUGGGGCUUCAAGGGUUUCAAGACGAACAAAAUACUAACGCUUGAAAAGAAUAAUAAAGAAAUAAGUCUGCAAUAUGUUACACAAAUUAUGCAAUAUGUUACCCUACACGAAUUAGGGUUGUGCUUAGCGAGUAAAUGUAGUAGUCGGCUGCCCAGGGCAAGAAGGAUAGCAUAACAACUAUUCAUGUUGUGGUUUAUUUUAUUUAUUUUUUUUAUUUUUUUUUCUCUCCUUCCCGUCUGUUUUUGUUUUUUUUGGUUUAUUUUUUUUCCCCUCUGUUAUUAAGAUUGAUGUAAAUAAAUGCAACAGUUUUUUUUGGUUUGGACAUUUGCUACUAGCUUGGUCUCGCAUCGAGUGGGUCGUUUUACUCACGCCCCCUGGCCGUUACAGGAAAUGUGGGUAUCCCUGAACAGGCCAUUACUUUAUCCUUUUCAAUAAGGGUGUAUAUGUACUUUAUGUUUUUUUUUUUUUUGGUGGUUUUUCUUGGUUGUGGUUUUUUAUUUUUUAUUUUUUACUACUUUGUGUUUUUUUUUUUAUUAUUUGAAGUCAGAGAGUAUUGCUGGUUAUUCUAGUUUUCUUUCUCUCAAGCGGAAGCACCGCAUAAAUAUUAGGAAUGCACAGGUAAUUAAUAGUGACUUAGGCCCAAAUAUGGUAAAAGUUUUAAGUUUUUUUUAGAUGCAACUGAAAAAUAAAAACACAUAAAAAGUAUCUAUGGAUACAAGAUUUAGAAUAUUUUAACAUGAAUGUUAAUGGAUUAAAUAGUCCACAUAAGAGACGGUUGGUGCAUCAGGAAUUGAGGAAAUCUAAGCCAGCUGUAAUAUGUUUACAGGAAACACACUUCAGAUCUCAAGAGGCCUUUAGAUUAAAAAUAAGACCAUACCCACAGGAAUUCCAUGCAUAUUCAGCUAAUAAAACUAAAGGAGUAGCAACUUUAGUACAUGCAGUUUGGGGUUUUCAAGUUAAUAUACAAUAUACAGAUGAGGCGGGACGGUUAUUAACAUUAAUGGGUUCCUUGAACGGGAUUGAAAUUACAUUUUAAUAAAAUUUUGAAAUUGCGUGUGGGUCAUUUGAUAGUAUGUUGCGAUUAUAACACAACUCUAGAUCCAACACUGGAUAUUUCUAGAACAGAAGAAAAAAGCCCUCAUCCCUUGGCCGUUAGUAAUAGUGAGAAACUAAGGAAAUUGAUAAAAAUUACGAUCUAUAUGACACCUGGCGAUGUCUCUAUCCAUUGGGUAAAGAUUAUACGUUUUAUUCUUCUGCACAUAUGCCAUACUCAAGGUUAGAUAUGUGCAUAGUAGAUAAACCUACUUUGAACAAUAUACUAGAAGUGCAUAUUGGCCUUAGAACUUGGUCUGACCAAGUUACAUUUCAAGCUAAAUACCCGGGACGUGGAAUGGGGUAGUGGAGAAUGAACGAGGCAGUGUUGGACGAUGAUAAAAUAUUUUUUAGAAGCUAAAGAGGCACUCAUUAAAUAUUUUCAGAAAAAUGACAAGGAUGAUAUAGCAGCCUCCUCGUUAUGGUUGGCACAAAAGGCUGUAAUGAGGGGCUUUUUUAUAAAAUCAGGGGCUAGCAGUAAAAAGAAAAUGGAUGCUGAACGUUUAUGAUUACUUCAGGUACUAUCUAAAUUGGAAGAUAAUAAACUUAAACCAAAUAGAUUGCAUGGUAGUCAAAAAGCUAAAGUAAGAAAGGAACUCUAUGUAUUGGCAUUAGCAGAAACCGAAAAAUAUAUGAGAGCAUUAAAAUUGAAAUUUUAUAUUCACGGCAAUAAAGCAGGAAAAAUGUUAGCUAAUAUGCUAAAAACAAAUUAUCUUCAAAAUAAAUCCCCUAUAUGAUCUCGAUGAAUAAUUGUAAAUUAUUUAACCCAAAAGAUAUUGUAGCUGAGUUGCCAAGUUAUUAUAGGAAAAUUUAUAAUUUAACGGAAGACUCAAAUAUAUUACAGCCUUCUAGCUCUGAAAUAGAGAAUUUUUUGGAGGAAGUAGAUCUUCCUAAAAUUUCAGUGAGUCAACAACAGAUGUUGGUGGAGCUAUUUACAGAAGACGAAAUAAGCAAAGCUUUAUUGGCUCUUCCCAAACAUAAAGCACCAGGGCCAGAUGGUUUUUCUAACUAUUAUUAUAUCAAAAUGGAACCAAUCCUGACACCAUUUCUUACGAAGCUUUUUAAUAGCUUUAAAACACCAAGUGCGUUACCGCCGGAAAUGUUAGAGGCAUUUAUAGUAACCCUUCCUAAGCCUGGUAAAUCACCAACAGAAUGCGCCAACCUCAGGCCCAUAUAUAAAAAUAUAUGCGAAAGUAUUGGCAUCUUGAAUAAAACCGAUCCUAUUGGGGCUUAUUUCAGAGGAGCAAGCUGGUUUUGUUUCAGGUAGACAAGUAGAGGAUAAUAAAAGACAUUAUAUUAAUCUUAUAGAAUGGGCAAACCCUAAUAAUCACCAAGGGAUUUUGCUUGCUUUGGACGCUGAAAAGGCGUUUGAUAUUUUGAAUUGGGGUUAUAUGGAGCAUGUCCUCCAGAAAUACAAUUUCCCAAAAUCCUUUGUGAACAAUAUUAUGGCAUUAUACUCAAAACCAUCAGCGACGGUUAUGAAUACUGGUUUUAUAUCCUUUAAAUUUGAGAUCUCAAAUGGAACACGCCAGGGGUGCCCACUUUCCCCAUUAAUUUUUAUAAUAACCUUAGAGCCCUGGAUUAGACACCUAAAACAACAUGCUGGUAUAUGUGGGUUAAAAACCCCAAUUGGGGAACAAAAAUGAGCUCUUUUUACUUUUAUUUGUAUCAAAACCUAAAGAAUCAUUAUUAAUUCAAAUUUUAAUCGAUACAGUGAUACCAAAUUUCCCUGAGUUCUAUCUUUUACAUAUAUACCAAGAUUGGUGUCGAAUAAAAAAUAAUGUAGUUAUUAUUCAUAUAUUAAUCGUUGCAAAAAUAAGCAUUGCUCAAAAUUGGAAAAAAACAAUCCCACCAAAUAUCUUGGAAGUGCAGGAAAGAGUAGACAAGCCGUAUCAAUAUGAGAGAAUACUAAAUAAAAUAGAAGGAAGAGAAGGUGGCCAUGAAAAAGCAUGGCAAGAUUGGUUAGCAUAUAGGUGUAAGGUUAUAGCAAAGGAGGAAUAGACUAAAACAGAUAUGAGGUUAAAGCGAGUACAUUAUUGCAUAUUAAUGAAUAGCUGAAAGAUUUAAGUAAAAAAUUGUUAAAACAGGACGAAUAUGCUGGGCAUUCCGCUUGUGAGUACGAACUAGUUGUCAAUGUCAAUUAUUUUUACUUUGCACACUUGUAUGAGUUGAAUCUAAGGAUUACAAAUGAAAUUAAGGCAAUAGCAAAGAAAAGCAAAAUUUUAUUUAUGUAUUUUUAUUUUAUUUAAUUUCAUGUUACUGUGUUUUAUUAUUGUUUUAUAAUUUAGGUUGUUUUUUCUGUGCAUGUAAGAAAUGAGAAUAAAAAAAAUUAACAUUUAAAAAAAAAAAAAGAUAUAUUGAGGGAUUGUGGAGACCUAAUGAAAUUAGUAAAGGAAAUCUAUUUUUUCCUGCUUGAGACUGUAUUUCCUUUUGCAGAAACUUUUUUCAAUUAUUUCUUUUUGCAAUUGCAACAGUGAACCUCAACUGCUAAACACACCCAUGUUUUAAUAUGUAUUUAUUUUGUUACUGUUGGGUUUGGUUACAAUUUACAAGGAAAUUGAUUCAAAAUGUGAGACCAAAAUACAGUGAGGGGAAAAAAGUAUUUGAUCCCCUGCUGAUUUUGAACUUUUGACCACUGACAAAGAAAUGAUUAGUCUAUAAUUUUAAUGGUUGUUGUAUUUUAACUGUGAGAUACAGAAUUACAAAAAAAAAAAAAAUAACAAUUGAGAAAAAUGCAAUACAAAAAAAGUUAUACAUUGAUUUUCAUGCCAAUGAGUGGCCUGUAGGACUGCACAUUUGAUUGGGCAUUCGGAGCAGAAACGUAACAUAAUGUUACUUCAAAGUAGGUGGAAUUAAUUUUUUUAUUUUUGCAUUGUUCUGCACCACUAAAAGCCAAUUAAUGCUAUAAUAUGACAUGUUGAAAAAAAUAUUAAAUAUAUAACCCAAGCGAGAUUACAGGAAAAACUCUAAACAAACCAUUUUUGGUUCUUGGAGCCUGUUCUCCUUUUGUGACUUUUGACUUUUUAGGAAUCUGACACCGAAGUAAUGAAAGAAAAUGUUACUCUUGUUCGCCUUUGUUUUGGAUAUAAAUUUAUUACCUUCAAGUGAAGACUCUUCCGGAAGAACAGGAAGAAACUGGGUCAGUCUGGGGAGAAUUGUUUCUCAUAGGCAGCAUAUUCAACCAAGGCUUCUUGGUUGCAUUUGCACUCUCUGGAAAUUGAAACAUCCUAUGUAUGACGGCUCCCAUAUUGACGCAAUAUAAUAAAGGCGGGUGCUCUUACCCUUAUUAUAUAUUGCAAGGAGUUGGGUUGUGUUGCAUAAGUUAUUUUGAAAAAAUUUUUUUAGACCUAAUAUUUUAUUUUGAUACUAUUUUUUUUUUUAUUUAUUUUUUUUAAAGCACCUCAGUCAUAUCCGAAUAUUUCAAAUGUAGCGCAGUUAUUUAAUAAAGUAAGAAAUGCUUGAAAUUAUCAGUAAAUGUCAAAUUUUAGACCAAAAUAAAUGGACUGGAAUCAUAGCCAACGUGGUCAAUAUUUCCAAUGCAGGUAAUUUUGCCAUAAAUGUAUAAAUUACUCUGAUAUUCCUAUUGACUGCAUUGGAAUUUAACAUAGAAAGGGUUAAGAGAAGGGUCCUGUUUAUAAAAGCAUUAGCUGAUACUUUGCUUUUGGCACACAUUGACCCUGUUUUUUUAGGCCUAGGCAUGUGAUUUCAGGAAGAAGCCGGUCAGAUCUUAGAAGUGCAGGUCAGCAUUAAGCUGCAGCUCAGAGUUCACCUCUCUCUGUGUCAGCCCAUUUUGUUCUCUCCACCCUCAAAACCCACUCCAGAUUAUGACAGUGUAACCUGAGACCAGCUCUGAUUUAUAUUUAGUUACUUCUUUGUGUUGACAUGCCAAAGACCUGACUCAGUAAAAAUAAGCAACUCCCUUUUAGAUGCUGUUUGUUUGUAAUAAAACACGUCAUCAAAAUAGAUUAGCAUUCAGUAUUUCUACUGGUAAAAUGCUUCUCCCCACUUUGGAGCAUUAAAGGUUUAAUCCAACCAAAGUAAGUGUUUUAAGAAAAUUCUGUUUUUGCUUAGAUUAAACCUUCUGUUUAGAUGCAUCCCUCCUCCCCCUGUUCCAAGAUGGCUAAUGGCACUGUCCAAGGUGAACUGGCUUCUCUGGCAGCAGAGAGGUUAAUCUUCAUAUGUGCAGCAUUUCCUAAAACACUUUACAGGUACUCCUCACUUAGCGACAGAGUUCCGUUCUUACGACCCGGUCGUAGAACGAAUUGGUUGGUAAGUGAGGAGUUAAGGUAUUCCCUCUAGUGCGUUCGUCUAUGUUCGGGGAAAUUUCCCCAAACCUAGAUGAAUGCAGCAGAGCAGGGAAUUUGUCUAAUCUCACAACAGCUGACACUUACCAACCCGCGAGAGAGCUGGUUGUAAGUGCGAGCCAUCGCAGAACAGGUAGGUCGCAAAAUGAGGACCACCUAUGCAUGCAGACACCAGGCAUAAUGUAUGUUGCCUUGCACUGAAGGGUUUGUGCUUUUAUUUGGUGCACCAACUAAAUGCCACUUUGCUAGCACACAAUCUAUUGUGCUUAUGGAUGGACUGAUUAUCGGUCUGGCCAAUAUUAUUGGCCGAUAUUCGGUAUUUUCAGCAAUAUCGGUAUCUGCCUAUAGAGAAACCGAUAUUGCCGAAAAUACAUACCAGGACAGCCAAGCCCUUGACAAGCCCUGCGGUCCUGGGGGGAAACUCGCAGCAAGCUCUUGCUUACCUUCCCAUCAGCUCCCCUGUCUAAAUCUUGCGAGUCCUGCGGCCUUCAGAGCGUUGCCACGGGUUACCAUGGCAACACUCCGAGCGGCACACAGGAAGCUGCUGGGAAGGUAAGUAAGAGCUUGCUGGGCCCCCUCUGCACAGUCCAUGCCACCGGACCACCAGGGAAUGCCAUAUCCCCCCACCCUGGCCAAAUAAGAAGCAGGGAGGGGGGACUAAAAAAAAAAAUAGACAUCCCUCCCCCCCCCAAAUUACAUACCUACAGAAACAUACACACACUACACAAACACUCUGCAUUCACUAUACACACACCAUACAAACACACUGCAUCCACUACACAAACACACACAGCUCCCCUGUCUAAACACACUGCAUCUACUACAUGUGGCAUGUAUAUUUUGUGCAUUUACUUUUAGAAAUAGUUUAUUUUCAAAAUGGUAAAUGUACAGAAUAUCGGUAAGCUAUAGGCCUGAAAGUUCAGAUUAUCGGUAUCUGCUCUAAAAAAAAAUCAAUAUCGGUCGAUCGAUUGCUCAUUAAAAAGUGCUCCUGGCAGGAAACUGAGCAUGGCAGUUCCCAUAGGUGUGGGUGGGGCAUCAUCCUAAUCAUUAAUGAAGUAGAACUCACCAUUGCUGCACUCCUGAUAAACCCCACUCCAAGUAUCAGUCACCGUCUUUGCAAAAUAUUCAGAGAACCCAGAAGGUUACAUAGAUGCUUUAAACUGCUCAAAAAUAGUUUAAACAUGAACGGAGGGACAAUGCAUGGGAACUCUCUGCACUAAAACCAUUUCAUGCCAUUAAAUUGGUUACAGUGCCUUGAGUGUCCCUUUAAUGUUAAUCUACAUGCUGUUAAAUUGUAUAUCUUUAUCUUAACGGAAAUACUCGCAUUAUUUUGGAGGACGACAGCCAUAUUAAAGAGACACUAUAGUCACCUAAACAACUACAGCUUAUUGUAUUCUGGUGAGGAGAAUCAUUCCCUUCAGGCGGUUUGCUUUUCAGAGAAAAUGCAGUGUUUACAUUACAGCCUAGUAAUAACUCCACUGGCCACUCAUUAGAUGGCUGCUAAAGCUGCUUCCUUGGGCAGUGCUGCACAUUGAGCAGCACUGCCUUACAGUGUCUCCACUCUUUGCAUGGAGACACUGAACUUUCCUCAUAGAGAUGCAUUGAUUCAAUUAAUCUCUGAGGAGAUGCUGACUGGCCAGGGCUGUGUUUGACUUGUGCUUGCUCUGCCCCUGAUCUGCCUCCUUGACCGUCUAUGCCAGUCCUAUGAGAAAGCACUGUGAUUGGCAGAGACCACUCCUUCUGAUGAUGUCAGCGAAAUUUCCCCAAACCUAGAUGAAUGCAGCAGAGCAGGGAAUUUGUCUAAUCUCACAACAGCUGACACUUACCAACCCGCGAGAGAGCUGGUUGUAAGUGCGAGCCAUCGCUGAACAGGUAGGUCGCAAAAUGAGGACCACCUAUGCAUGCAGACACCAGGCAUAAUGUAUGUUGCACUGUGAUUGGCAGAGACCACUCCUUCUGAUGAUGAUAGUUCAGGGGCAGAUCCAGCAGCUGCAUACUUAAAUACAAGUAAGAUUUUAUUAUAUUUAGGGAGGCAAGGGAGGAAGGGGCAGGAGAGCUAGAUGGUGAUUGUAACACUAUAGGGUCCGGAAUACAUGUUUGUGUUCCUGACCCUAUAGUGCUCCUUUAACACUUUUUAGGUUCAAGGCGCCCUUAAUAUUUCAGUAUUUUUACAAGGCACCCGAACUCAACAUUUCUAGGUUGUAUAUAUGUGCAGCGCUGCCGCAUUUACUGGCGCUAUAAUGUAAUGUACAGUGUUGGUGUUUGAAGGGGUGCUUGUAUACAUUUAUUGUGUUUUAAUACAAUGAUGUUUGUUUGUAAUGUUUGAUUGCAGGGGUGUGUCUGAAUGUAAUGUUCACUUUUAAAUGUGGAUGUACAUUUGUGUGAAGUAUUUGUGUUUGAGUGAAGGGGUAUGUUUGUAUGUAUGUAAUAUUUGUGUUGGAUUGCAGGAAUGUGCUUGUAUGUUGUGCUGGUGUUUGACUGCUUGGAUACAUACAUACAUGCAUGCAUACAUACACACACACACACACAACACACAGAUGUAUAUAACUAUACCAACAUAUAUACACACAUGCGCCCUGACACACACAAAUAUUAAUACAUGCCCACACCAUGACACACAUACACUGACCUAAAAAUACACACCCUGACACAGAUGCACAUACACAGAUGUGUGCACGCGCACCCAGACACAGAAGCACACUGACAUAUAUAUACACACACACGUUACUUUUUUUUUUUUUGAUAUCUCCAGCCACCCUCCUGAUAACUUACCUUAUGUGCCAGGAGGGUGGCUUAGUGUCCUGCUGCUGUGAGCAUGAGGGUUCUGGAGCUCUUCAUGCUCCUCUCCCCUCACUCUCCGGCUUCCUCCUCUCCCUCGCGUGCUGUCUCCCUGCAGGAUGCUGUCACUUCCUCCCAGCCAGCCGACAUUACAGGGGGCAGGUCAAGGCCUUAAAGGACGCGCCACUUGACCGGAUCCCUGUUGAGCAGUAAUGUUUCCCCGGUGCUAAAAUGAUAGCCGCGGCACACCGUUUGGGGGCUGCUGGGUUAUCUGGUUUUGUAGGAAAUAAUUGCUGUGUUUUAGGCUUAGAAAUAAAGCUGUGUGUGUGUGUGUGUGUGUGUAUUGUUUUUUUUAGUUUUUUUUUUACCUAUUCUAGUACAAGGCUGGAGAUGGCUGCAGUUUCAACAGUCUCUCUUUUUGUUCAAAGUUAUUAUUCUACAAAAUAUCUGUGUUGCAGUACAAAAUCCCGUCUUGCUUUAUUUCCGCUUAUGGUUGGAUCUAAUAAAAUGCCCACUAACCUGAAAAUUCCUACGUCAGCAAUGUGUCGUCUUGCCCCCCAUGGGAGUUGGUAACUAGUCACAAAACCUUUCAGCCUUGGAGUUCGUGGAAAAGGAAUACAGAGCACUCAAAAUCUCACAGGUCUAUCCUUGACGCAUGCAUACGUUACGCAACUGUUCUAUACACAAAGGAAAAUAAAUGUAAAAAUACAAAAAGACCAUCUAAGAUAUUUAAACAACUUGUGAUUUAUUUAUUUUUAUGAGACUAGGAAAACACAUUUUUAUUUUACUUUUAUAGACUCUAGCUCAAGCAUGCAGAUGAAAGAAAUGAAAGGAUAGUUGUUUUCAUUGACCUUCAGUGAUCCAUAAAUGCACUACUUGCUUAUAUUCUAUUCAUAGAUAAAAUAAAUUGUCAUUCUUGUAGCAGACGGGUAUUCUAGAUCGAUAUUUUUUUUUUUUUUUUUAUGAACUAUACAUUGAUGUGUGUUAGAAGGGAUGCAGUCCCUGGGUUAUUUAUGAAGCACAGAUUUGGUUUCCAAAUUUUACCUGAAAUUACAACUGUUAUUCACUAAAUGCAGGUCAAGGGUCACCGAAUGUGCUCAUUUAGUUCAGAGAAAUUUGUCUGCAUAAGAGUAAACCAAGACAAUCAAGAAAUGGCCAGAAUGCCACAAAAUGUGUGUUUUGGAUAUUUUUUUAAAGAGUGAAUCUUUACCAAGGCUGGAGGUAAAUUCUGAGGUUUUUGUGCAUCUGAAUGAAUAAAUGAAAGAUGUGUGUAUUGGGUGGGGUGGGUUAAGUCUCUUGAUAUUCUCACUUGUAUUCCCCCACAUAAUAAGCAGCACCUGCACCACUUUGUGAGAUCAUGUGGAUUUCACCCACCCACCCCCCUUUUUCCAUUUGAAAAUCUAAAUAAAACAACCCUUUACCUGCCAUUAUUCCACCACUGAGACAGUGUCUGCACAGCAGCCCAAUCCACCUCCUUUGUGGUCAUCUAGCAUGAUGACUUCACAUCCAGUGUCCAAUCAAAUGCAUAGUAGGCAAAAAUCACAUGCAUGGCAAGUGUCAUUUUCCUCCAAUCAAAUGCUUUUUGUAGAGAAGCAUUUAAUCCAGUGUUUCUCUAUAAGAAGUUUUGGAAGCAGCGACACCAUUUUCAGCACUCCCAGAGAUCACUGUUGUACAACGGAGGCACAAUCACAUCGGAGCUACCUGCAUUAUAGUAAGUGAACAUUCAACGUUCUCAUAUAUCAAUUCCAUCUAGUGACACCAUAGUGUGUGUGUGUGUAUAUGUGUGUGUAUAUAUAAUCUCUCUCAAAAUUCAAAUAGGUUAUGGUGGGGAAGAAUUGUGAUUUUUAAAUCCUCUUCCACCUGAAGUCUAAGGAUAGUUAAUACAAUGUUAAACAGCAAACACAGACUCAAAGGAAUCCAUGUUUAAAAUAGAAUGAGGUGAAAAUGUGAUCCUUUGUCAAACUAAUUUGCAUAUGCCCACCCAGAAUCCUUUGCAGUAGUAACAUCACUGCUGAUUUGUGAUUUCUGUGGGAAAAGCAAGUCUUAUGGCUUGACUGGUGUGCAGAUUUUUAACAUUGUAUAUACUGUAUAUAUUUCUUAAUACAAUUCUAGAAAUUGUAAGAAUACUUUAAACAUUUAUCGGAUGAUUGCCAUCCACUGUUUUGCGAUUCGGACGUUAUAUUUAUUUUAUUUGCUUUUUUUCCGUUUAAAAUUGAUUGUCAAGCAAUUUAUUGUACCAGUAAACUUUCCGUGUUACAUUUUACAUGUUAACCAAAACCCCCUAAAAAGUGCAGUGAUAUUAAGAGCCAUACCUAGAAAAGCAAAAUAGUAACCCUGUAUUUUUUGUUCUAUGUCUCCACCAGCUUGUACACAAAUUCAUGCACUGCAAAAAUAAAGAAUUAUAUAAAAAAAAAAAAAAAUUGAUUUUCUAUUUAACUUAUUUCAGUAUCCUAGCAAAAUGACAGGUGUUUUUCCUGUCAUGGGGUAAUAAUAUUUCACUGUUACCCACUCAUGCAGUGAUGACAUCAAGACCUAAAUGGUCAAAACAAUACUAGCUCAGAGGCUGUGUUGAUCAUUACAAUCUUCAUUCAGGCUCUUUCUUCUAACUAGAUUUAAAUAGUAUAUCUUAUUCCUCAGGGAUUAGCAAGUCGUCAUGUUAUUUAUAGCUGAUGUAGUUGUGUUUGCCUUUUGACUUUAAUUUGCAUAAGACGGUCUUAAAUCUUUCUGUACUAGAUAACUUAACAAUUCUCUGGUCUUUAAUAACAUUUCAAAGUUUAUUACAAAUUUAUAUUUAUCUCCCUAUACUUGCAUAUCUACUGAUGGAUUUCGCAUGACCAUGUAUAUUCUACAAAAACUGUGCAGCUUUAUUCCAUGUCAUAAUGUUGUGUGACUUGCAUUGCCUUCAAUCGCUAUCGUGGCAUUACAGGCCUGUUUUAAACCCUUUGCACAGCAAAAAUAAAGCCUUAAAAAAAAUAAAAUAACAAUUGUAUCUAAAUGCACUAUAUGCACAGAGAUUUCCAUUUUGUUGGACUUUGGACAGUUGUGGUGGUUUGGGGGGUGGGAGGAGGGGGGAACAUCUGAUAAAUGCAAAUUCUUAAAGGGAUACUUUACUCACUGCAACUACUACAUCUUGCUGUUUUCUUAAUAUUUGUAAAAAAAAAAAAAAGAGAUUUCAGAAGUGCUCCACCACUUACCAUCAGUGGAUUGGAGAGGCCACAGCAGAUUAAGGUACAAUAAAUAAAGGGAUACAAUAAAAAGAUCCAUUUUAAAGUUUGGGAGUUUGCAUUAAACUCCAAGGUUUUUGUAAGUGCCCUGAGCAUCUAAUAAACCUAGCAUAAUUGGCAGCGGAAAAUCUUCUGUAUCUUUUAGAAAUUAAUUUUAUGGUUUGUUAUGGAAGUUGAAUUGAUAUUUAUUUAGCGGUUAUGUAGAAUAGCUUCAUGCAGUGGCUGCAACACAGUAUAGGCAACCUAGGACAUAACUGAAGUCCAUUUAGUAUAUAAACCUCUCUGUUUACUGCUCAUUUAUUGAUUCAGAGAGAUGGCAUGGAAUAGUAUCUGUCACAUCUGCACAUCUUUUCUGCAUUGAAAACAUUCUGUAAAAUGUAACUGAGAUGAUUAACCCCUUAAGGACGGAGCCAAAUGUACACGUUGUUAACAAAACAAAAUGUAAACAAAACCUGGCAUUUGCGCUACAUGUCUGUCCAACCGUAAUACACCUCUUUCAUAGUAAAUGCAGCCACCCUUAUUAUAUAUCAUUUUAUUCAGGGGAAACAGGGCUUUCAUUUAAUAUCAAAUAUUUAGCUAUGAAACAUAAUUUAAUAUGAAAAAAAUGGGAGAAAAUACAAUUUUGUUUGAUUAGUUCUACAUGACAUUUUAACGGUCAGUGUCAUAAUACUGUUUGCUUUUACUGCAAUAAAAUACACAUAUUUGUAUUCAGUAAAGUCUCACGUGUAAGACAGUACCCCCUAUGUACAGGUUUUAUGGCGUUUUGGGAAGUUACAGGGUCAAAUAUAGCACGUUACAUUUGAAAUUGAAAUUCGCCAGAUUGGUUACGUUGCCUUUGAGACUGUAUAGUAGCCCGGGAAUGAAAUUUACACCCAUAAUGGCAUACCAUUUGCAAUAGUAGACAACCCAAGGUAUUGCAAAUGGGGUAUGUCCAGUCUUUUUUAGUAGCCAUUUGGUCACAAACACUGGCCAAAGUUAGCGUUAGUAUUUGUUUGUGUGUGAAAAAUGCAAAAAACGCCAAUUUUGGCCAGUGUUUGUGACUAAGUGGCUACUAAAAAAGACUGGACAUACCCUGUUUGCAAUACCUUGGGUUGUCUACUAUUGCAAAUGGUAUGCCAUCAUAGGGGUCAUUUUCAUUCUUGAGCUACCAUAGGGUCUCAAAGGCAAUGUAACCAAUCUGGCGAAUUUUAAUGUGAAAAAAAUGAAACGCAAGCCUUAUAUUUGACGCUGUAAGUUUUGAAAACACCAUAAAACCUGUACAUGAGGGGUACUGUUGUACUCGGGAGACUUCGCUGAACACAAAUAUUUGUGUUUCAAAACAGUAAAAAGUAUCACAGCAAUAAUAUUGUCCGUGUAAUGCUGUUUGUGCGUGAAAAAUGCAAAAAACGUCACUUUUACUGGCGAUAUCAUCGUUGUAAUACAUUUUACUGUUUUGAAACACUAAUAUUUGUGUUCAGCGAAGUCUCCCGAGUAGAACAGUACCCCCCAUGUACAGGUUUUAUGGUGUCUCGGAAAGUUAUAGGGUUAAAUAUAGUGCUAGCAAAUUAAAUUCCCUUUACUUUCCGCAUGGGUUGUCAGGCAGGUCCUGCUAAUUGUAAUUAAUUAAGAUACCUAAUUAUGUAAAAAUAAUACAUAAAUAUAUAUGUAGAAUUAAUAUAUGUAUAUAUAUACAUGUGUGUAUAUAUAUGUAUAUAUCUAUAUAAUUUUUAAAAAAUAUUUUUAUUUAUAUAUAGGUAUAUAUAUAUAGUGAUAUAUACGUAUAUAUUUAUGUAUAUAGAUAUAUUAUUUUGUUCUACGUGUAUUUUGAUAUAUAUAUAUAUAUAUAUUAAUUUCACAAAACAGUUAGAACGAAAUAACACACAUCUAUAUAUUUUUUAAUUAUUUAUUAAUUAUUUUUUUAAUUUUAUUUUUUAACGUAUUUACAUUUUAAUUUUUUUUAUAUUAUAUAUAAAUAUAUAUAUAUAACAAUAAUUAUAUAUAUAUUUAAUCAGUAUCAGUCUACGUGUAAUUUGAUAUUAAUAUAUAUAUAUAAUUAUAUAUAUAUAUUAAUAGUAAAAUACACCUAGACGGUGUACAUGUGUGUAUGUAUAUGUGUAUAUAUAUACUUAGAUCAUAUAUAUAUAAUAUAUAUAUAUAUAUAUAUAUAUAUAUGAUCUAAGUAUAUAUAAUUUUUUUUUUUUACACCAUUAACUUAUUUUAUUUUUAUUUUCAGCCAGCAGGGGGACCACCUGUCAUUACAGGCAGCCCCCCUGCCGGCAAUACAGAAGCCAGCUAUCCCCGGCCAUGUGAUUGUGGGGUCCUCGCUAGGACCCCACUCUCACACGGCCGGGGGGCUUCCUGGAGGACGGACGUGCCGCGGGGGGCUCCCUGGGAGUCCCCCCCACCGCGAUCGCCGGCGUGGGACCGCCGACGACCGGGUAAGUACCGAAAGACCGGAGGGCGUUUAGAGCCGCCUAUAAUAGGGCGUAAUAGUACGCCCUCCGGUCUGAAGGGGUUAAUUACCAAUCAGCAUCUCUAUGGAGAAUGUUAAGCGCCUCCAUUCAGAGCGCUGCACACUGUGGACUAAGACAUUUUAGUGGUCAUCCUGAGUGACCGCCACUAGAGGUGUUACUAGGCACUAACGUAAAAAAACUGCCUUUUCUCCAAAAAGACAGAUUUAAAUGGGAAAAGUCUACAGGGCUACAAUAAUAAGGUUAUUUCUAUUUUUCAUCUUUUAUUCUCAUUUUAUACCUGCAUGUUCCCUUUUAACCUCCAGGAAUAUUUCUCCUAAUGGCCCUUUCUAUUAACAAUAAUACUAGGACCACUUUAAGCAAAAUAUGGGAAAUACUUCCACUAUUUCGUUCUCUCCUAAUACUAAGCAUGUAUUAUAUAACGAUUAUGAUAAGAUCACUUCAAUGGUAACCUUGUCACAUCAUAUUAAAUAAACGAUACACUGUAACAUCAUGACACAAAUCUGUGUAUUUAGACUUCAGACUAUUAUUUAUUUAAUGAUUCAUAUAUUACAUCAGACACAACUGUAAUACAACCAGUAUAUUUACACACACGCAUAAAUUUCUAUUCACUUACUUUUUUCUAUUAAUUUUCUUAAAGUGGUUUUUUAGCGAUACCUAUAUUUAUUGCACUAUAGAAAACAGUUCCAUAUACUGUAUUUCUAUUUUAUGUGGUUUAUAUCUUUUUCUAUAAAGUACAACAUCUGGUGGAUACUUCAUUUACUCUGCUCUUAGCAGAUUUAAAGAUGUACACACCAUACAUAUUUGCAGCACCUUUCUCCUGAGUUGCUUGAUCUACUUGAUUUAAUUUUAAUAUUGGUAUUAUCACACUUAAUGUCAAUUUUAUUAUAACCUCAAUAUUAGUGACAUCAUAUUCAAAAGCCUUUUUGGUAAACCAGCUCAUGGAACAAUCACACCAAUCUUAGGGUGUCAUUUCUACUACUAUAUUUCUUUUAGACAGGUUUUUGGUGAACUCCUGUCUGUAUCCAGUUUUGAGCAUUAUACCCUCAUCCCUGUGUGUUGCAAGAGGCAUACCAGACAUAUAUUUAUAUAAACUCUUAACUACAUCAUUAUUUGAUUUUAUUAAUUAUAAUUCGAGGAACCUGCCUGACAACCCAGGCAGAGAGUCCAGAGAAUUUAAUUUGCAAGCCCUAUAUUUAACCCCGUAACUUUCCAAACACCAUAAAACCUUUACAUGGGGGGUAUUGUUAUACUUGGAAGACUUUGCCGAACACAAAUAUGAGUUUUUAAAAAGUAAAACUUCUCACAACGAUGAUAUCCCUAGUAAAAGUGCAGUUUUUGGUUAUUUGUGGCUAGGUUGCUACAACAAAAGAUUGGACAUACCCCAUUUUGAAUACCCUGGGUUUUUCUUUUUCAAGUGGUAUGUCAUGGUGGGGUUAAUUUUCAUUUCUGGGCUGCCAUAUAGUCUCAAAGUCAACAAAGCCAAUCUGGCAAAUAGCAAUUUACAAAAAAAGAAAUUGGCAAAUCUUGUUUGACCCUGUAACUUUCCAAAUCACCAUCAAACCUGGACUUGUGGGUACUGUUGUACUCGUGAGACAUUAUCCUACACAAAUAUGAGUGUUUUAGAGGCGUAAAAUGUAUUAUACUGAUAUCAUCAAUUAAAUGGCAGUUUGUGUAAAAAAUGCAAAAAAAACCCCCCAAAUAUAAAAGCAAAUUUUGGCCAGGGUUUCUGACUAAGUGGCUACUAAAAAAAAGACUGGACAUACCCAAUUUUGAAUACAAUGGGUUGUCUACAUUUACAAAUGGUAUGCCAUGAUGGGGUUAAUUUUCAUUCCUGUGCUGCCAUCCGCAGGGUCGGCCUUAGGCCAUUAGGCGCCCUGUGCGAAAAGUCUUCACGGUGCCUGUAUACAGUCACACAGUUACAAGCAGACAGUCAGACACGCUCAGUUACAGAGAGUCACAGAGCUAAACACACAGUUAAAGGCAGACAGUCACACACACAGUCACACAUACUCCACUGCAAGCAGACAGGCAUGCAGACACUCACGCACGCUGAUAGGCACACACACUCUGUAAAAGGCAGAUAGUCACACCUACAGGCACACACACAAUUGGAGUCACACAAAAACAGGCAGGCAGACACACACACACACACGCGCGCACACACACUUACCUUUUUCCAUUAUGGUUGGAAGGGGGAGUGGAUGCAGUUGGUUGUUGGGGAAGCAGGGACUCCUUACCUCUUCCCGUGCAGCAGUUACCAGGGGCUUCGGGUAUGUAUUAGCCCUGCCUCGACUAUUUAAAAAAAAAAAAAAGUGUUUUUUUUACUCUUUUUACAAUUUUUUUUUUUUUUUUAUAUACCGCGAUCUGCAGGAGGUGAAGACAGUGACAGUCAUUAGAUAUUUCACAAAAACUUAAGCGUGAUCGUCACACUAUUAAGAGAUUUGUGGCUGAUUCAGAGCACAGACGGGUUUGUGCAGAUAAAGGCACAUUGAGGAAGAUUUCUGCCAGAUCCAUGCAUCGGAUCAAGAGAGCAGCUGCUAAAAUACCAUUUACAUAGCAGCAAACAGCUGCUGGUGCCUCUGGAGUCCCACAGACAUUGAGGUGUAGAGUCCUCCAGAGUCUUGCAACUGUGCCUAAACCUUCUAUUCGGCCACCACUAACCAAUGCUCACAAGCAGAAACGGCUGCAUUGGGCAGAAAAAUACGUGAAGACUUAUUUUCAAUCAGUCCUGUUCACUGAUGAGUGCCGUGCAACCCUGGAUGGUCCAGAUGGAUGGAGUAGUGGAUGAUUGGUGGACGGCCACGCUGUUCCAUCAAGGCUGCAACGUCAGCAAGGCGGUGGUGGAGUCAUGUUUUGGGCUGGGAUCAUGGGAAGAGAGCUGGUCGGUCCCCGAAGGUGGAAAGAUGACCUCUGCAAAGUAUGUGGAGUUUCUUUUUUUUUUUUCUUUUUUUUUACUCAACAGAUAUAGCAAGUAAGAAUCACCGUUUGGGCUUACGCAGAAGCCAGUUUGAAUAUAAUUCUUGAUAUAGUCAUGCAGUUCAAACAUAUACAAUAUGUGCCCAUGCUUGAUGAAACCAUUAGGGCCUGCUGUUCGUUAAGGGUUUUUAUAUAUGUAAUAUAAUUCCCUAAUGUUUCGGUUCGACAGGAGUAAUCAAUUGUGCAUUAGUAAUGUCGCUUGCGCAGAAGCAAACUUUGGUAUAACAUUUAUUUGUACAAUAUGUUUCAUUUGAAUCUUGUGGUAUUUUUCUUGACAUCUUUAACGUCAGUUUCCCGUCGAGAGUUUUAUAUUUUCAGGCCUUUAGGUAUAUCAAUAGGAGUCUUAGUCCAAGAUCUGUAUUAUAUUUCUAGGUCUCCCAUUUCCUUCGUUACGUUGACCAUGCCUGAAGAGGUUUAUAUACUAAAUAUAUAUUAAAUCAGGAAAGGAAUCUUCCCGUUAAGAGUCAGGAAGUGAGAGAAAGGAGAUUAGAGAGACUGAGUAGAUAGUACGAAGUAAAAGGAAGUAAGAGAGUGGGUGCAGCAUCCGGGAAGCGGCGAGAGAAAGAUUAGGGGAGCGAGAGCCGGGGGGACAGAGGGCACUUCCAGGACCCCUUAUGCCAUGUGUGAUGAUUUAAUCCCCCGGUCGGAGGAGAUCCCCGUUACUAGGUCACCUUUACUUCUCCUUUUCAGUCUUAUCUGUCUUCCCUGGAUCCCACUACACUAUUAUCCCAUGGCUCCCAAAGUCUUAGAAAUGUUUGUCGAUCCCUUCACUCUUGCUGUCAGGUCGUCCAUAAUCCUACAUUCGCGGAUCCUGGACAUCACUCCAGGAAACUGUGGUCCGUCUGGUGAUAGCCACCCAGUUGCUGUUCGUCGCGCGCUUAGUUAUUUUAUGGAUUAGUUUAUGCUCUCUCCUGGUCCAUCCGUUUAUAGACCUAUUUAGUAGGUAUACCCACGGAUCUCUAGCUAGGGGCCUGUUAAAUAUUUGUUUCAGUAGGUCUUCAGUUGCUUUCCAAAAUCUAACAAUUUUUGGGCAUUCCCACCACAUGUGAAGGUAAGUAUGUGGAGUUUCUGACUGACCACUUUCUUCCCUGGAACAGAAGGAAGAACUAUGCUCUCCGUAAUAAAAUCAUCUUCAUGCAUGACUAUGCACCAUCUCAUGCUGCAAAGAAUACCUCUACAUCAGUGGCUACUAUGGGGAUAAAAGGAGAGAAAGUCAUGGUGUGGCCUCCCUCCUCCCCUGACCUCAAUCCUAUUGAGAACUGUUGGAGCAUCCUCAAGCAAAAGAUCUAUGAGGAUGGGAGGCAGUUUACAUCCAAACAGCAGCUCUGGGAGGCUAUUCUGACAUCUUGCAAACAAAUUCAAGCAGAAACUGUCCAAAAACUCACAAGUUCAAUGGAUGCAAGACUUGUGAUGCUAGCAAAUAAGGGGUCCUAUGUUAAAAUGUAACAUAAAAUGUUUAAAAAGUUUAAAUGUUUUUAUAAGUUUGAUUGAAAUAGCUUUUGAUUUCAGUAAAUGUGCUGCAAACACAACAAAUGACAAUUUUCAGUUUUUUACAACCUAUAAAGUGUUUUGAAACUUACUGUGCGUAAUAAUUUGGAACAGUGCAUUGUACGUUUUUUAUGUUUUAAAAAAAUAGUGUUAUCAUUAGGAGGUUUGUUCAAUACAAUUUGAAUUGUAAUCUUAAUAGUUGAGAAUUAUGCUGACGGUUAUUUGCAUCAGUUAUUUAGGUAAAUGAGGAAAAUAUAAUUUGCAUAAUAAUUUGGAACAGAGUGUGUGUAUGUAUAUGUGUAGAGAUAUAUAGAUAUAUAUAUAUAUAUAUAGUGUGUGUGUGUAUGUCACUUUAUUAAUUACAAUUUGCGGGACGUGCCUGACAACCCAGGCCAAAAGUAUAGGGAAUUUAAUUUGCUAGCCCUAUAUUUAACCCUAUAACUUUCCAAGACACCAUAAAACCUGUACAUGGGGGGUACUGUUUUACUCGGUAGACGUCGCUGAACACAAAUAUUUGUGUAUUUUGUUUCAAAACUGUAAAAUGUAUUACAACGAUGAUAUCGUCAGUGAAAGUAAAGUUUUUUGCAUUUUUCACACACACACGGCACUUACACUGACGAUAUUAUUGCUGUAAUACUUUUUACUGUUUUGAAAGACAAAUAUUUGUGUUCAGCAAAGUCUCCCGAGUAUAACAGUAUCCCUGAUGUACAGGUUUUAUUGUGUUUUUAAAAGUAAGAGUCAAAUAUAAGGCUUGCGUUUCAGUUUUUUCACACUGAAAUUCACCAGAUUGGUUACGUUGCCUUUGAGACCGUAUGGCAGCCCAGGAAUAAGAAUUACCCCCAUGAUUGCAUGCCAUUUGCAAAGUAGAAAACCCAAGGUAUUGGGGUUUGUUCAGUCUUUUUUAGUAGCCACUUAGUCACAAACACUGGCCAAACUUGGCGUUCAAAUGAGUUUUUUUGUGUUUUUCACACACAAACAAAUAUUAACGUUAACUUUGGCUAGUGUUUGUGACCAAGUAGCUACUAAAAAAGACUGGACAUAUACCCCAUUUGCAAUACCUUGGGUUGUCUACUAUUGCAAAUGGUAUGCCAUCAUGGGGGUAAUUCUCAUUCCUCUGAUACCAUACAGUCUCAAAGGCAAUGUAACAAAUCUGGCGAAUUUCAAUGUAAAAAAAACUGAAAAAUGUAACAUGCUAUAUUUGACCCUGUAACUUCCCAAAACACCAUAAAACCUGUACAUAGGGGGUACUGUUUUACACGUGAGACAUCGCUGAAUGCAAAUAUGUGUAUUUUAUUGCAGUAAAAGCAAACAGUACUUUGACAUUCCCAGUUAAAAUGUCACGUAGAACUAAGAACAUUUUUAAAAAUCUUAUUUUCUCCCAUUUUUAAAUAUUUUAUUCAUAUUAAACUAUGUUCCAUACCUAAAUAUUUGAUGUUAAAUGAAAGCCCUGUUUCCCCUGAAUAAAAUGAUAUAUAAUAAGGGUGGGUGCAUUUACUAUGAAAGAGGUGAAUUACGGUUGGACAGACAUAUAGCGCAAAUGCCAGGUUUUGUUUACGUUUUGUUUUGAUCACAACGUGUACAUUUGGCUCAGUCCUUAAGGGGUUAAAUUGCUAUGUGUGUCAAAAAAAGUCUCCAAUUGUUUUUUUUGUUUUUUUUUAAUUUGGCAUAGAUUGGUGGUAAAAAAUGGUUGCAUGAAGAGACAAAAUACCCCAAGUUUAAAACCUUAGGUUGUCUUCUUUUAAAAAAUAUUUACAUGUGAAGGGAUAUUCAGGGAUUCCUGACAGAUAUCACUGUUACAAUUUAACUUUGGUUAAUUUUGAAAAAACAGUUUGGAAAUGGCAAAGUGCUUCUUGUAUCUGUAUGGUAUCUCAGAAAAACCAUUUAAUGUGGCUAAAAAACUGUGUAUAUAAUAUGUGUGGGUGCAGUAGAUAAGUAAGAGGAAAAUUACAGCUAAAAACAAACACCGCCAAAAUGUAAAAACAGCCCUGGUCAUUAACGGUAAGAAAAUUUUUUUUUGAAAAACGGUCUGGUGAUUAAAGGGUUAAACAAGAAUAACUAAAAUCAGAUAAAACGAAUAAGCUAAAACUAAACCUUAUUCAGGAGCCCAGGCUGAUUAGAUACUUUGUCAAAACGUCUCUUUAAGAAAAUCUACGGUGUGUGCGUGUGUGUGUGUUUGUUUAGCCUGUAUUUCUCUUGUUUAUCUUGUUCACAAAAAACCAUAAUCACGCAUAUGUAUAUUGUUUUCUCUCAUGCUAUGUGUAAUUAUUGAAACGUGUAUUUCACUCCGCAUAAAGAAUGGGGAAAAAAAGAUCUGGAAGGGGUGCUGCAUGUAGACUUCGGGUGAGAGGUUAAGUAAGUUGGUGUAGAGUGGAAGAGGCUGACUAAUAUGGAGUGUUAAAGAUGGAAUAAUGACAGAAGUAUGAAAUAAGAAAAUUUAGCUGGCAUAAAGUAAGUGUAUUUUGUGUGAGUAUGUAUAUGUUUAUUAGUUGGGGAAACUGUUUGAGUAAUCUGGGCUCUACAGAGUACUUAAAAAAACACGAAUCAAAAACAAUUAGGACAGAGGCAAAUUAAGUGAGGAAAAAGUAAGCAAAAACAAUGUUUUGGCACUUUAAGAUCUGUUUUGGCUCCUGCAGAAAAUUGAACGCCUGUGCUAAAGAACAUACAGUAAAUUACUUCCUUAUUUGUCACACUGCUGAAUUAUCAUCUGCAUACAGGAAUUAAAUGUUAUCGUGACAUUCAAAGGAUGUCAAAAGUCUCCUCCUGACUGUCACAAGACACCUUGGGAGUUUAGACAGUGUGUCGCACAGUGUAGUGGGAUGCUCAGUUUAUCAGUUCAAUCGCCCCUCUACCAUUCCCCCCCUUGUUUUUUGUUUUUUGUUUUGUUUUGUGUUUCAUCACUUGCCUCCUAGUUAAGUAGUUUCUGGAACUCUGAGAUGAAUGGAAAGAUCAAGUGAUUGGCAGCUAUAGUUCAUUUAGCAGAGGCUUCCUCAAACUCCGGCCGUCCAGAUGUUGCUGAACUACAAUUCCCAUGAUUUUAUGAAUUAGGCUGAGAAUCAUGGGAGUUGUAGUUCAGCAACAUCUGGAAGGCUGGAGUUUGGGGAAACUUUUAGCUAAGUGCUCAGGGUUAAAAUGCAAUAAUCGACUAGAACCUAGAUAAUGGAGUGUUAACGUAGUAGAGUGGGAGUGGGUUAAUGGACUAUUUAUGUUCAUGAAUAUAGUUAAUUUGAAAGCUAUGUCAUUGUGCUAAUAAAAAUGUUGCAAUUUAAUAACAAUUAUUUUAUUAAGGUUCUAAGACCAUAUUUUUAGUUUGAUCCUGACCAGUUUACCGUUUUCAAUAUGAUCAUUUUAUUGUUUUUCUUUUUUCUCCACCAGUAUGACUUGUGCUUGGUAUUAUUUUGCUAACUGCCCUAACCUGGCCAUGAUGUUACCAUGACUCAUAUAUGUACUUUACCAUGCCACUAACUGAAAUAAAAAUAAUAGAAUUUAUGACCGCUUUAUGUAAAUUCUUUGCACUUACUCCAUGUAUUCAGGUGGUUAUAUAUAUUUUUUGUGUUUUUUAUGCAGCUACAAAAUGAAGAGGAACCUGUAGAAAAUCCCCAGGCAGGAGUAGAUGCUCCUCCACCCUACAGCAGUAUUGCUGGGGAGAAUGCAGGUGAGUAAAAAUUCUUGUCUUCAAAUGUCUUUCUCAAAAUGCAGGGAUCUGCUACUUUCACAGCUACUUAUGCAGAGACCAGCAAGCAUGUUGAUAUUUUUUCCACUUCUCUACUUUCAAUUGGAGUGCAGUGUGUGUUCAGAUAUGCACAACCGCUUUAGGAAGCAGUACAGAUAUGUUCAGCAGGGUAUGCACUUGUGUACUGGGCUGUUUCUUAUCGAUGACAAAAAUAUGAAUUAAACAAUGCACCGUUGUUUGAUAACAACACAAUCAGAGAAAUGAGAACAGGCCGUAAACUCGAGAGAACGUGUUGCAGGACACAUGGUCCUGAGGAUAAAGCCACUCUAACUAAACAUCUAGACAAAUAUCAUUUCAAGAUAAUCAGAAUAAAAAAAUCUUAAUUUUAUCACUCUAAAUUGCACUCUCCCACAAUAGACCCAGGUAACUGUUUCGCACAGUAGAAAGGCUCUGCAACCCAGCAUGCAUGCAUAUCCCCACCAACUUCUUCAGAGACAAUCCGACCUUCUAUCACAGCAGGCCAAACAGUUACACAACAGAACCACUACAAUGGAAUGCCAAAUUGCCCCAGUUUAUGGUCCACUUUUACAAAUGUGGAUUUAGAUGGAAAAGAACCAUGCAAAAGUUACACCCUACUACAUGUGACUUAGACCCUGCUCCAACUCCGCUUAUAUCUGCAUGCAUUAAAACACUCACCCCAGCUCUCACAAAAACAGUGCAGUGUUCACUAAAAACUGGAGACUUCCCAGAUCCUCUAAAAGAAGCUGUGGUAAAACCACUCCUAAAGAAACGUUUGUUAGACCCAGACAGCUAGGCUAAUUACAGACCAAUAUCCAACUAUCCAUUUCUGGGGAAAAUAAUAACUCAACUGGAGACGCAUCUAUCAAGCUUGAGCAUCUUUGAUCCUUUCCAGUCAGGUUUCAGAUGCCGCCAUAGCACUAAAGCAUUGCUAAAUUAUCUCCUUAUGGCGAGAGACAAAGGUAAUUACUCCAUCCUAAUCCUCUUGGAUCUCUCAGCUGCAGUUGACACCAUUGACCAUUAGAUUUUAAUAGAGUGCUUGCAGCACAUCCGUUGUCUAGGAGGCACAGUCCUUAACUGGUUUGAAUUGUUCCUCACUGGUAGAUCACAGAGAGUAACAUCAGGAUCAAGCUCAUGAGCACCAACAGAACUGGUCUGCGGAGUUCCACAAUGAUCUAUCUUGUCUCCCUUGCUCUUCGCAAUUUACUUGCUACCACUGGGGGACAUCAUUAGGUAACAUGGCCUAAGGUAUCAUUGUUACGCUGAUGACACACAACUCUACUUCUCCUUUGCUCCAGAUACCACAGACCCAACAUGCCGCAUCAUCGGUUUCUUAGCAGACCUCCUAGAAUGGAUGAAUGCUAGUUGUUAAAGUGAACUCUAAGAAAAAAAAGUUACCUGCGCUCUUUACACAUCCCUAUGUAUUUUUAAACAAAUUUAGGUUUUUAGUUACCUCCAAUGGCCAUGAGAGGGUAAGCCCACCUGCCACAUCAAGGCAGACCUCUUAGGUGGGUCCUAACUCUAACCAUUUACCUUGCUUCCUUGAGCUUCUGGCAAAAAUAUCUCUAAUGAGACAGAAAGGGGUAUUUUUUAUAUACAUCCCUACAUGCUUAUUAACCCUUAAUAGGGAACACAUGGGAUGGGCAGCAGCAUUGCAUGCUAGCUGUGUGAUACAAAAGUGAAUACAAAUACAAAGAAACAAGUCCUGCGCUCAAACUCCCAUUACUCAUAGGCGGCAGCAAUGACUAUAGUACACCAGCUAAAAUACAUAUAGUAAAAACCAAAGAAAAAAGUUACCUGCGCUCUUUUCACAUCCCUAUGUAUUUUUAAACAAAUGGAGGUUUUUAGUUACCUCCAAUGGUUACCUCCGAUGUGGAAAGCACGCAGGUAACUUUUUUCUUUGGUUUUUACUAUAUGUAUUUUGGCUGAUGUGUACUAUGGUCGUUGCUGCCACCCAGGAGUAAUGGGAGUUUGAGCACAGGACUAGUUUCUUUGUUAAAUUGAACUCUGACAAAACAAAGUUACUCUUGGUGAGGGCACCCAGUCUAAAAAAAUAUCCCAUGAUCACCCAACUGGCUUGGAGCUUGGAGGCUCUGAACUCAUCCGUUCAUGAAAGGUACGAAACCUCGGAGUGCUGAUUUACUCUGGACUAUCAUUUAAACAGCAGAUUUCCUCUGUAAUAAAAUCUGCCUACUUUUAUCUGAAAAACAAAGCCAGGAUAUAACACUUAAUUCCACCGGAUGAUAUGCCAAUAUUAAUCCAUGCAUUUGUAUCCUCUCGGCUAGAUUACUGCAAUGAACUUUACUUGAGCCUCCCAGAAAAAGAACUCCAUUGCCAUCAAAUUGUACAAAAUGCAGCAGCCAGACUACUGACCAACCAAACUCGCUCCUGCCUCAUAACACCUGUUCUCCACUCCAUGCAUUGGCUUCCAAUUAAAUGGUGAACACAUUUUAAAAUUGGCCUGCUAACCUUCAAGGCCCACAGUACCUGAAAGUGCUCCUGACACCCUAUAUUCAAUCUCGUUUACUUCGGUCAGCCAGCAAAUCUAUCCUGUCAGUGCCAAGACUAAAGACCGACUCAGGUUCCAGGGCAUUCAGCCACGCUGCCCCUACCUUCCAUAACUCUUUACUGUGCGCAAUCAGAGAGGCACUGUCCAACUAUAAAAAAACGAAAAAAAGCUAAAGGCCCACCUCUUCCAUCAGGCAUUCAGUCCACUCAUCUGACCUUCAGAAACUCCCAACUCUUAUGUCUUUGUUUUUAUACUUGUAAAGUGCUUUGAGUCUCACAGGGAGAAAAGCGCUAUAAAAAUCGCAAAUAAUUAUAAACCUUCAUGUGCAAGUAGUUACCAGUGCAACAACAGCUUAAAGGACCACUAUAGGCACCCAGACCACUUCAGCUCAAUGAAGUGGUCUGGGUGCCAGGUCCCUCUAGGGUUAACCCUGCCUGCUGUAAACAUAGCAGUUUCAGAGUCUGGGUUUUAGCUUAAUCCAGCCUCUAGUGGCUGUCUCAUUUCUAGAGGUGCUUCCGCGCUUCUCACUGUGAUUUUCACAUUGAGAAGACGCCAGCGUCCAUAGAAAAGCAUUAAGAAUGCUUUCCUAUGUACUGACUGCGCGCACGGCUCUUUCCGCACAUGCAGCCGAUGACGUCCAAAGGUGGAGGUGUAAGUGUUUAACCCCUUCCUCCAACGUCAGCCCGGCGGGAGGGGGGCCAUGAGGGUGGGGGGGGACCUAUUAAUACUACAGUGCCAGGAAAACGAGUUUGUUUUCCUGGCACUAUAGUGGUCCUUUAAUGUAGUUGUUCUGGCAUCUACUGCCUGUUUCUGCAGGUAAACACCUCAUUUUCAGAGAAAAGGCAGUGUUUACAUUGCUGACUAGCAACACCUCUAGUGGUAGUCACUCAGAUACUAGAGGUGGUCAGCAUGGAGAUACUGAACACUCCUCAAAGCGAUGCAUUGAUCCAAUGCAUCGCUAUACAAGUUGAUACUGAUUGGCGCGGUGCUUUGCCGCACAUAAGCAAUUGCAUCCUACUGAUUUUCUGUAUGAAAACAUUGGAUUGCCUUCUAUCACUAAAUUUGAUCAUUUCAGGCAAAGAGGCAGUGGGGGUGGGGCCAGCCAGGAGGAGAUGUGUGCGGCACUGGAAAAAAGGUGAGUAACCUCUUUAAUGGGGGCAGGGGUGCCUGGAACAUUAAUUGUUCUUUUAAACCUAUAGUGUCAGGAGUACACAUUUGUAUUCCUGACACUAUAGUGUUCCUUUAAGGUGAGUGAGACCUUUCAUUUUAUUUAUUUUUGCUCUGUUGUGCUCUUUUGAUUUCUGGGGAAAGAUAUGCAUUCUGGAAUCUCUGCAAAUAAAUGCUUUGACAUUAAAGAGUUACUCCAACUUUUUUUUUUUUUUUUUUAAAUGUAUUUAUUUUUUUUAAAUCCUGUUGCCCAAUACUAAAAUGAGCUAUAACUACACUCCCCCAUCUUAUAUAAGUUAUUGCAAGGUCCAAUAAAAGCUUCUCCUGACAAAUUAAGAACAGUGUAAAGCGGGAAGAGCUUGUCAUGGGGUGACAGUAACCCUUCACAAAAUGGAUGUCUUUUGACUUUAUGCUUUCUUGUAUCAUAGGUGCCUGCAUAUCUUGACAGUUUUUUUUUUGUUUGUUUGUUUUUUUAGGUAGAAAUAAUGUUUAUUUCCUUCUUACAUAUGUUUUUAUAAAUUUGUUUUACUUUAUUUGAGCUUUUAAAUGGUAACAUGCUUCGUUUUACUAGUCAAGAUUUUCACAUAAUACUCAUUUUUAUACUCCUCUUUCACAAGCAUUCUUCGAUUACAAAGACGAGCCAGGUUUCCCAAAGCCUCCCUCAUAUAAUGUUGCCACAUCACUUCCCAGUUAUGAUGAAGCCGAGAGGACCAAAGCAGAAGCCACCAUACCCCUUGUCCCUGGAAGAGUAAGUAUUCAAUUGUUGUGCUUUAAAUUACUGAUUGUGCUUUAUACAUGAGCAAGCCCAGUUGGAUAUACUGGCAACCCAAUGAAGUGGUUACAUUAUAAAUUCCCUUUGAUAUGCCUUGACAUUACCGUCAGACAUGGCUAACAUAACCUUUCUACAGAAUUGCAAAAAAACAACAACCCAGCAAACUUAAAAUAGCAGGAUUAUGUUGAACAUGUCAUUUUCUUUUUGAUGUGAUUUGCCCUUACACAGCACAGAGAAAGAUUGGAUGCGUUUGAUGAUUUCUUUCCAGUGUCGUCGGAGGUAUGAGAAGUGUUUUAGUUGAUUCCUAGAUUUAAAGUUGUUUUUAAUAGAUCUCACCUGUUGUAGGUACUGUAGAUUAGAUUGCCAUUAUAUAAGAAGCAGUAUGUAGUAUGUAGAUGGUGACUUUACUCUUUCUGGCUGGAUAUUGUUUCAUUUGUACAAAAUUUAUCUUUGGCUACUAAGAUUAUCUAAUUUAUAAAUUUUUAUUUCCUCCUCUUGCUGCUUUUGCAAUGUAAGGUGACGUUCAUACGAACAAGGAAUCUUUAAUUCAUGCAUUUUUAAUACUUUAGAUGUAUGCAAACCUUGUUUUGAAACAUAUCCUUGAGCUGUGAUCUUCCACAUCAUUCAGAAAGUGUCUGAGAUCUCUAAACCAGUUCUGGACCUUUCCUGACUUUCUGUGCAAGUGUUAGCAUGUGUAUGUGUGCAUGAUGUAGUAUUCUUGGCCAUUUUGUGUGCAUGAGAAUGAAACUCAUGUGAAAAUGCAGGAUGGUGAAUGCAUAUCGGUUGACUGUUUCUACAUGAGUGUUUCCAAUGUCCCUUUAAUGUCCAUUUGAGUAGUUUUUUUCUUGAAUGUAGUUACGGAUUCCUUUAUUGGUGGAAGAAAGCUUUUGCAUGGAUUGUCAUGAACUGGAUACAAUUUCACUUCUAGAAUAUAGAAAGCAGUUACUCCUUCCAAGCUGACAUGGAUCUGAUGAUGGACAUAUGAAUAGUUAAUAUAUUUUAUUUCACUAGUACUGAAGAUUACAAAGCUGAUCAGCGAUACAAAUUUUGAUUUUACACAAAUAUUCGUGGGCCAAGUUAGAUAACAUGGUAUCCUCCUCUCAAGUGGUCACAUAUAUAAGCUUGUCAAUAACUCAAACUUCCAUGUGCUUUCCUUUUUAACCUUUUUAUGCAUGGAGUAUCCUAUUUCUUUUGAUAUGCUAUACAAAGUGUGGUUCUUCUGUAAUAUGUGUUUGUUCAAUGCCAGGAUGACGACUUUGUGGCGCGUGAUGACUUUGAUGAUGCAGAUCAACUAAGGAUAGGAAAUGAUGGCAUUUUCAUGCUCACAUUCUUCAGUAAGUAGAACAAAUACAUUUAGAAAAUUAAUGGAGAGAUGUUAUAUUUGUGACUUAAGGGUUAGUAUGAAUUAUAAAAAAACAAACAAAAAGAUAACCUAAAAAUCAAGUGUCUUUGUUUCCCCUAUUGCUUGGUUGCAGCUGGAGCAUAAGCCUUAAAGCGUGUGCUGCCGUGAUAGAACUACGAAUAAGAAGUCUCAUCCCUGGCAGCACUGGGGGGAAUAAGAAGCUUAUUUUACAUCAGUCUUUGUACGUUUAGAGAAAAGCCUUUUCUGUAUCCCAGUUCAUAAGAAAACAGUCUCAGAAAUCCUUUGGUGUCGGACUGAAGUAGGAAAAAAAGUAAAAUCUAAAACAAAAGUUAACUGUCGCCUUAAAUGGUUACACCAACUAAAAAGAAAUGUUUUUAAUAAACCACUGUUUAUGAUUGUUGUAACCCUUGCUGGCACUUCCCCGCUUCUCACACCACCACCAAGAAAAGAAUAUUGAUGUCAGUGAGGCAGGGCUGAGGGAGGACUUAGUAUGGCAAGGAAGGGAGGACUGUUGUGGGCCUGUGUUCAGAUGUAUGACAUUUCUUAUGCAGAUACUUAAAAUUGGCCAGCCCUGAACUCUUUCUGGGCUGGCUCAUACUGCUACCAUAGAAAAACAUCUCCUGCAGCAAAACAAAUUAUCGCUAUAUGUGCAGUACUUCGUAGAAUGACAAAGCGCUUCUUUGCAAACACAUCGUAGCUCGCAUAUCUAUUCAACAUCACAAAGUCCACAAAGGCACCUAGGACAGGACAUACGUGUAUUCAUGUACUGGAGACCCCUUUCACCUUCUCCCUUGCUGUUCAUUACCUCUUUUGGCAGUGAGGAGGUAGGUGCAGAGUCUGAUGAUCACCUUUGUAUUAAGGAUCCAGCCCAGGCAGAAAGGGGUUAAUGCGCUGUUCAGCCCAGCUCCUUGUUGCAGGGCUGAUGUAGGUAUGCCAGAGAGCAGCACAUUGGGAUGACGUGAAGUUUCCUGCUCACUCUGCCUUUUUAAAUAUUUUACCGAGCUGACCCAGGCAGCGAGAGCUGGUGUGGGCACUGAUAUCCUAGUGUUUCCCUGCCUCUACUGUAGGAAGCAGGAAUGAAGAGCCCUGUGAACUCUGAAUCACAGCUUUAUUCCUGCUUCCUAGGAUUGCUAGGAAAUGGAAUAGAAUACAUGCAUGUUUAUUUGCUCUCAUGUUUCAUGUAAUGUGGGUGACUUUUAGUUUUGUUUAGUGAUAACCCAACCCACUGUAUUAGUUAAUAUGCUGCACCUGAAUUAGCUAUCCGUGAUGUACUGAAAUAAGAGUUGGUUUUCUGUAAUCUGCAUUUGGAAAUCUUCCUGAUAUAUUUAAAAAAACAAAAAUUACCAUUGUGACAGUCUCAUCCUCUGUUGUUUACAGUAAGCCAUCGCAAUGUUUAAUACAAAUAUUGUUACAUAAUUGUGAUUGGAUGCAAUUACAGGUUUAUAGACACAAUGGGCGGUUCUCAUUGAAAGACAAGCCAGAUAAUGUAUAGCUUGGUACCUACAUUUUUAUUGUUUGUUUGUUUUUUAGCUACUGUAUCUCAGUUGUACAUCUCCUUCGCAUACAUAUGUGUUGCAUAUACUAGUAAAGCUAGAGUGCUAGAGACAUGUAGUCUGGAAUGCUCUUCCACAGAAUGAUUACCAAUUUAGAAAGUACAUUCAAAUAAGAAAUCCUAUAUCUGUACACUGUAAAUGAAACUUUGGAGACCGUAAGAAAAGAGUAUAUUUAAUGAGUGUUCACUCCAUAAUUAUAGCUUAAUAGACAUCUAAAAAAACAUUUACUUAUUUUAGGGGUGACCAAAACUUUACAUCCCUAACUGAUAAUAUAACUGGAGAUUGGGGAUUCCGUUCUAAAAUACUGGUAGUUGUGGUCUUUUAUUUUGCCUCCCUUGAAUUAAAUAAUUCAUAAAUACCUCUAAUAAAAAGCAAAAAGACAAAGCUUUUGUGGAGGAUUUAAUGUGUCUUAGAAAUGCCAUCAGGGAUGGAUUUCCAAUUAGGCAGAGUAGACACCUGCCUACUGAAGCAUGUCAUCUGAGGGCACCUUUUUUUCUGCACUUCUAACGUGCUUUUAGGGUGGUUAGGUGGGUGGGUUAGAUAAGUACCACGUGUCCCCUACAGUCUAUUCAGCCUCCUGUAAUUGAUAGCAAAUCUGCAGUUACAGAAAUAGAGGAUGUAAAGCUCAGUGCUGUCACAGCUCCUCCAGUAUCUGUGUGAGAGGCUUGACAGGAAGUGGAAGGGAUGACUUCCUAUCUGCUCACCAACAGCCUCUCACACAGGAAAUACCCUGCAGGAGGAACAGGGACAGCACUGAGUGAUGCACACUUUUUUUUUUUUUUUUCCUGAUUCACAAUGUAAAACGUUUCCUGCAGAUCUACUAUGAAAAUAACUUUGCCAAUAACCUUAUAAAUCCUUUUAAUCCUUUCAACAGUAAACACCAUGUGUAAUCUCUGACAUUAACCCCUAUAUAAUCUUCACCCUAAUCACUUCUAACAUUAUUUUUAAUCCUGCAUGCAUCUAGGGGCAGAGCGUGCUUUAGAAUGGUGUUCUCACAGGAACCGGACAUAUAAAUCCGGCACUGAAUGCCAAUUUUAUUUUAAGGCAUCUUAAUUUAUUGGAGUUCAUUGACUUGUUUCCCUCCAGUGUUGGCUCUUAGUACAUUGCUGUGCCAUUUUCCAUCUCACUAGCUGCUCAGUUCAUGCACCUGGCUCUUAAAGGAACGAUUAAUCCCAACUAUUUAAUGUAGCUUGAGUGAGCGUUUUUUUAUUCUUAUAAUAAAAUGCUUAUGCACCCCAUUUCUGAUCUUUGCUUUACCACAUGCUGCUUGUUUCCAGACAUCCUCAAAACAGAGGGAGGGUGUGAUGUGGGAAUUGGGGGAGGGAAGGUUAUAUUAUGUGUCUUGAAAAUAGGAUCUUUGAAAAUUAAUAUUAAUAUUCAUUCUUUUCUGUCUUUACAGUGGCAUUCCUCUUUAACUGGAUUGGAUUUUUCCUCUCAUUUUGUUUGACAACUUCAGCUGCUGGAAGAUAUGGAGCCAUUUCUGGUUUUGGCCUCUCAUUGAUUAAGUGGAUCCUAAUUGUCAGAGUAAGUUAAAUGGUUCCUAUAUUAGAAAAUAAAUAUACAAUGAUUUUUGAAUUUAAAUACAGGUUUGUUCACAAGUUAUCCUGCAUUUUUGUGAUAAGACCUGAUGCAACAUACAAGUAUUUGUUGACAGAACAAGUUUAGAUAUACUGUUGUAUAUCAUCAUGAUGAUAAUCUAAAUAUUUUGAGACCGUUACUAGAAAUAAAAAAGACUGCAUAUAUAAAAUAAUGAAUAAAUUAGUUUAAAAACAAUCUGACACCGAUAGAAUCUGUGUAUUAAGUAGCAACUUCCCAAGAGAAGUAAAAGACUACUUUGUCACCUCCCAGAUCUCCAGUUGCAAUCUUUGUGGGUCCUUUUACAUACUGACACUUUAGGCAUUUUAAAUGACACUAUCACUAUUGAGUAUUUUUUACAUUUUUAUUUAUACAUUUUUUUUUUUUUUUUAAAGAUAAAUUUUUCAUGAACACUCACAUUGAAGUAACUGAAAUUUCAUUAAUAUGCCAGUGCAAUCAGAAAUGACCAAAAUACAACGUAGAGAGGUCUUUGUCCUAGGGACAAUGUUGAGACAGAACUUCCACUGUCAACUUUGUCAUUUUGAAGCAGGCAUUGCUAGUGCUAUCUCUUUUUUUUUUUUUUUUUCUCACAUUAAAGUUCUAUCAAGGAUACUGCAAAUAAUGACACUGCCUCCAGGUGAAUGAAGCACCACGAGGUGAAGACGGAUCCUGGGAAGAAGAUAGACACCCUCAAGAGAUCUCUUCAGUUAAAGGACCACUCUAGGCACCCAGACCACUUCAGCUUAAUGAAGUGGUCUGGGUGCCUGGUGCAGCUAGGGUUAACCCAUUUUUUAAUAAACAUAGCAGUUUCAGAGAAACUGCUAUGUUUAUGAAUGGGUUAAGCCUUCCCCUAUUUCCUCUAGCAGCUGUCUCAUUGACAGCCGCUAGAGGCGCUUGCAUGCUUCUCACUGUGAUUUUCACAGUGAGAGCACGCCAGCGUCCAUAGGAAAGCAUUAUGAAUGCUUUCCUAUGUGACCGGCUGAAUGCGCGCGCAGCUCUUGCCGCGCGUGCGCAUUCAGCCGACAGGGAGGAGAAGAGGAGGAUCGGAGGAGGAGAGCACCCCGCCCAGUGCUGGAAAAAGGUAAGUUUAACCCAUUUUCCCCUUUCCAGAGCCCGGCGGGAGGGGCACCCUCAGGGCACUAUAGUGCCAGGAAAACGUGUAUGUUUUCCUGGCACUAUAGUGGUCCUUUAAGAAUAUCUCCCUUUAGCUUUUCCCCCAUGUAACCGCAGUAUAAAGAUGCUUGUCACCUUGGAGGGCAAAAUAUACAAAGACCUCGCAAGUGACUUCAUCUGCUAUGUUCGUUAUCUUGGCUGGUAUCUUUGUGCUAGCAGCAUAAAGAUAUGCAAUGUAGUUUACUUUAAGAUACAAGAAUAAUGCUGCCUUCCAGAAUGUAAAUUCACAUGCCACUAGAGGAUGUUAAUAAAUUCGCCACAGCUAAGGUACUACGAGAAAUCUUAUUUGCAACAGGUGAAUCUCACUGCUUUUAACUUGCAGCACUUUCUGUGGGCCUCCUGGCUGCAUAUGAAACUCAUAGCUGUACAGGAAAUCCGGGCCAAUGCGUCAUCUUGAGAUGGCCUUAAAAUCUGCAAGUAAGAAAAGAUUUAUCGUUUGGGAGUUCUGUAUAAAGAUGAUCACAUUUGUGCCAGUUUUGUACACAUGAACCAUUUUUUUAACGUAUAAAACUGUUACUGUCUAUGCAUUGGGAGACAAAAUAAUCAGUCUUUCCUCCACUUUAUGCAAAAUUUUGUAAAAACACUUUUUCUUGUCGGACGCAAUUAAGGACAAUGGGAAAUAGAUUGCAACCGUUUCUUUCUGCUCCUGCCAUGAAUGAAAUCAAGGUGCCAGAUCUGGAAGGAGAGACAAAAAUGUUAAUCAAAGAGAUAUUGAAAAAGUAUGAAAGAGUGCAUGGUUUAUGUACGAAUACUAAUACAUUCCUUGGCUCACAUUAGUUCAUUCAUAAUUAUUACAAUUUAUUUUUUUUCUUAAAUAGUUUGUAUUGAAAAGGUUUUCCUUUUUUUUUUUUUUCAUGAAAGACAAUACAAUACAACAGUUACAUACGAAUGGUAGGAAACAUUACUACCAUUUGGAAAAUAUAUCCGUGGAAAUUUUCUUUAUACAUUUCACUUAACCAAAAACAAGACGAUACAUUUAACUUACACAUCUACAUAUACAAGACAAUGCAGCAAAGGAGAGAGGAGAAAAUACAUAUCGAGUAAAAGUGUAUAUCUUAUAUUAUCCAUAAAUGUAUAUUCUAUAUUCUAUAUUUUUUUAUUUUGUUUUUUUUAUUACUAUAUGCUUUUAAAUGAUCUAAUUAUUUUGUAACCUUGCUUAUUAUAGGAAGAAUUAAUUUUACUUUUUAAUAGAAGUAUUGGACCGAAAUGGGGGGUGGGAGAAGUAGGACUGGUGGUGGAUAAGUGCUUCUAACGUUCAGUAUUUCCCCCACUGUCUUUUCUGCUAACUGACCAGAUACUGGCAGCAUUGGCCAAACUGCACCUCUAAAAAAACCCAGUUGGUUUACAUCUGAUGGCAUCUUUAAUAUGGAAUCUCAAGUUUUUGUAUCAUUCAAAUUGUGACUCAUUUCCUUGAGACGAGUUCCUAGUUUUUCAAGUAACCUGGAAAUUACAUGUCAACUUAAUUUAGUGACGCUUUUAUUUUAUUUUUUUCCCUUUUGUAGUUUUCCACCUACUUCCCUGGAUAUUUCGAUGGUCAAUAUUGGCUGUGGUGGGUGUUCCUGGUACUGGGUAAGUAGAAGUAAAAAAACUACACUAUAUUCAUGUUGUUUGGCCUUACGUAUAACAAUUAUUUACUAGUGUACAAAUUCAAUGUGGAUAUCAAAUUUAAGGCCAGAAUUUACUUUAAUAAAUUUCCAACUCAGCUGUUUUAACCUGGAAUUUGAAAUUCACUUGCAAUUCUCACUUUAGUACAUUUCCUGGUGGUCCUUUCAUGAAACAGAUCAACAUGCAAUGCAACCCAAUAAGUAUGUAAUCAUUUUAGCUCUUGAAAGCAUUAAACAGUGUUCUAUCUUGUGGGUCCCUUGUAUGUUAAUGAAUGCCAGGAGUUCUUAAAUACACUUAGUGUGGAUUUUCAGCAUGUGUCCAAGCAAGACCUUACUAAAAUGAAAUUGAACUAUACAGUUGCAAGAAAAAGUAUGUGAACCCUUUGGAAUGAUAUAGAUUUCUGCACAAAUUGGUCAUAAAAUGUGAUCUGAUCAUCAUCUAAGUCACAACAAUAGACCAUCACAGUCUGCUUAAAGUAAUAACACACAAAGAACGAAAUUUUGCCAUGUUUUUAUUGCACACCAUGUAAACAUUCACAGUACAGGUGGAAAAAAUAUGUGAACCCUUGGAUUUAAUAACUGGUUGAACCUCCUUUGGCAGCAAUAACUUCAACCAAACGUUUCCUGUAGUUGCAGAUCAGACGUGCACAAUGGUCAGGAGUAAUUCUUGACCAUUCCUCUUUACAGAACUGUUUCAGUUCAGCAAUUUUCUUGGGAUGUCUGGUGUGAAUCGCUUUCUUGAGGUCAUGCCACAGCAUCUCAAUCGGGUUGAGGUCAGGACUCUGACUGGGCCACUUCAGAAGGCGUAUUUUCUUCUGUUUAAGCCAUUCUGUUGUUGAUUUACUUCUAUGCUUUGGGUCAUUGUCCUGUUGCAAUACCCAUCUUCUGUUGAGCUUCAGCUGGUAGACAGAUUGCCUUAAGUUCUCCUGCAAAAUGUCUUGAUAAACUUGAGAAUUCAUUUUUCCUUCGAUGAUAGCAAUCCGUCCAGGCCCUAACGCAGCAAAGCAGCCCCAAACCAUGAUGCCCCCACCACACUACUUCACAGUUGGGAUGAGGUUUUGAUGUUGGUGUGCUGUGCCUGUUUUUUGCUACACGUAGUGUUGUGUGCUUCUUCCAAACAACUCAACUUUGGUUUCAUCUGUCCACAGAAUAUUUUGCCAGUACCGCUGUGGAACAUCCAAGUGCUCUUGUGCAAACUGUAAACGUGCAGCAAUGUUUUGUUUGGACAGCAGUGGCUUCCUCUGUGGUAUCCUCCCAUGAAAUCCAUUCUUGUUUAGUGUUUUACGUAUUGUAGAUUCGCUAACAGGGAUGUUAUUAUUUGCCAGUGACUUUUGUAAGUCUUUAGCUGACACUCUCUAGGAUUCUUCUUCACCUCAUUGAGCAGUCUGCGCUGUGCUCUUGCAGUCAUCUUUACAGGACGGCCACUCCUAGGGAGAGUAGUAGCAGUGCUGAACUUUUAUAGACAAUUUGUCUUACCGUGGACUGAUGAACAGCAAAGCUUUUGGAGAUUCUUUUAUAACCCUUUCCAGCUUUAUGCAAUUCAACAAUUCUUAAUCGUAGGUCUUCUGAGAGCUCUUUUGUGUGAGGCAUCAUUCACAUCAGGCAAUGCUUCUUGUGAAAAGCAAACCCAGAACUGGUGUGUGUUUUUUAUAGGGCAGGGCAGCUGUAACCAACACCUCCAAUCUCAUCUCAUUGAUUGGACUCCAGUUGGCUGACAUCUCACUCCAAUUAGCUCUUGGAGAUGUCAUUAGUCUAGGGGUUCACAUACUUUUUCCACCUGCACUGUGAAUGUUUACACGGUGUGUUCAAUAAAAACAUGGCAACAUUUCAUUCUUUGUGUGUUAUUAGUUUAAGCCGACUGUGAUUGUCUAUUGUUGUGACUUAGAUGAUGAUCAGAUCACAUUUUCUGACCAAUUUGUGCAGAAAUCCAUAUCAUUCCAAAGGGUUCACAUACUUUUUUAUGCAACUGUAUGUCCUCUUAUAGUACAACAAAUGAUCCACAAUCAGUUUGACUAUAUUCCCAUUUAAAAUUCUGUUUACACAUUAGUGUAGCUAUCUCAUUGUGCAAUCUGUAAUAGAACAUUCUAAAAUCUGGUUCUAAUAUGCUAAAAUCUGUUUCCUCGAAGUACAUAUAUGGUCUGGUAUCUUAAAAAUCCUUUUAUCUAUCUCUGGCAUCUUAUUAAUUUUCUCUAACAAGAGGCUUCCUUCAUUAUUUAAUUUAUGAUAGAUUACAGUCAACAAUAGUCAGGGUUCAGCAGGCUUGACCAGUAAAUAUCUAGAAAUAGUCUAGAAAUGGUGUAGAAAUGUGAGCCCAAUUUUCCUGGUGCAGUAAGGCAGAUCUGUCACUUGAAGAAAACCAAACUGGUUUAGCAAGGUAGUUUAAAUAGUAGAAUUUUGUCCACCUGCUGUGAUACUCUGCUGUAGGCAUUAUGGAUGUCCUAGUGAACUUCCACUUAUUUUCUGUUUUCUGUUCCAGUUAUAAAAUGUGUUAAGAGAUUUAAAGUGUUAGAACAUACUGUGCAAAUCAUGAAUAGAUAAUCUGGUUAAUGCAAGACAUUAUCCCUCAAAACAAGAUAUAUUUGUAUGUUGUAUAUAUUGGCCCCUGCACCAGCAGCACCUUAUAAUACAUGCAUGUUCAGGGGAGUGCAGCCCUAGCCAUCUUUGGUUUCAUAUCUCCCUCUUUCCCUCCUCUUAACAUGUUACAACGGGCAUUUAUAUAUAUAUCUCUCAUUUCUGAUUAUACAUAUGGGUGGCUAGCAAAAAGUUUGGUCUGAUGAAAAUAUAAACAGAUUGGAAAGCAGCCCUAAAUCUAGCAAAGGUGAACUUGAUGGAAACCACAUUUAUGCAGGUGCUUGUGAGGGAAAGGGAUGCUUGCUCGGGUGAGAAGCCCCAAGAUCACCUUUGUACACUUUGAAUAAAAUACAAAAAACACAAGGAAUCCAGGCCAUUUUUUUUUUUUACUGCAAAGCUGGGAUAGUACUGUCUUGGAAUGGUUGAAAUGAAAUCACUCCUAACAUCAUUGUUAAAGAAACAACCAAUAUACAACCAAGUUAUCAGGUUCCACUGAGUACUUUACCCUCUGUUCUUUGCGUACUCUAGAACAGUAAAUAUUACUGUUAAUACUGUUUGUAUAGUAAAUAUUUUAUAUUUAUAUCCUAUAAGCCUCCAACAAACUAUUCUUUGUCGUUGCAAUUCUGUUAGCACUAGAGCCCUCUUAUGGAGAAAACUGUUCCUUACGGUUAAAUUACAUUAAUGUUUUUAUACAUCUGUAUAGAAGUAAGAAGAUACGUAAUAUAAUUGCAAAUUUAGAUUUUUCCAUCCUAUUUUUCGUUACUUUAACUCUAAUGUAGCAGCUAUUUGAAGUGAAAUAAAGAAAUAAAAAAGACAUGCUACCACACAGACUAUUAUUAUUAUUAUUACUGAUUUUUAUAUAGCGCCAACAUAUUCCAUAGUGCUUAACAGCCUAUACUAGAAUUUGUUGGAGCAAUAUAAUAGGAAUGGAUGAAGACUUACUGCAGGGCUCAAUCUUUGUUACGCCAUUACGGUUAGUUAUGUUAGUUAUAAGUUCUUCUUGUACAUUUUUAGAAGACCUAUGGUAAUUUGAAAUGAAGCAAUGCUUGCUCACCACAGAUUCUUCAGAAUUAGGUACCGUGGGAUUCUACAGCAGAUGUUGGAGACCAGAUGCAAGAGAUGGUGCACGUCUUUUUGUAACCAAACUAGUGAGUGACCAUGUUAGAUGGUCACACAGAUUGAUAAAAGUUUAGGCUGCUGGUGAACACUUUUGAGGAUGUCUGAGUCCAGGGUAAUGAUGGCCAGUAGGCAGAUGCCCAGUGUAGUAGAGGUAAAGCAUCAUAUAAGUUAUAGUUUGACAUCAGCCUGGAAUCUGUCCUAGUUUAUAUACUCAGGCAUCAGGUGCAGAUUAUAUAGGGCACAAAACACCCCUCUUUCCCCCCUCCCCCCCUUCAUCUGUAUGACCUGUUAAAUUAACUUAAGGAUAUAAAUAUUUUUACACUGAAUAAAACCCAAUAAAGAUACACACUUCCAUUGACAAUCACAUGCUGAUUGUGCCAAAUUUUGUAGUAAGAACGUUUUACUCUUUCUGUGCUGAGCACUAUGAGCUGUUGGAGUUCAUUUGAUACCUGUAGACACAAAAUAAGUGCAUGAUAGGUCAAAAUGGCCUUUAAAAAAUAAAUUUCCGCAUUACAAAUUUUUACAUUUACAUGUUAUUAUUGGGGCUGUAUGUUUUUUAAACUGCAUCAGCUGGUCUAAAUUGGUCAAGCUCCCUGUGUAGCUAACAAGUUUCAUUGUUAUUCGUGAAAUCUCUGUUAGCUCAAACAAUAUUCAUUAAACGUUUUAUUCCAUAGUGUUUUUAGUGCAACCAUAUGCAACAUUGGGCAAUAGCGGGCAAGAGAUGCCCUGAAUAUUGCCCUUCCAGUGCUGUAAAUAAUGUCUUAUUUAGAUAAUAGCUUUGCUACCUGCCCAACUUGAUAGCUUUUCUGUGGACACCCCUGAGCGCAGCAGGUUUGGUCAUAAGAUUUAAUGUAGCCCAGAUUAAAUUACUCACGCAAAGAUCUGCUUGUAUGUAGUCAGAGGCCAAUAAUUUAUACCUUCUAAAGCACUGUAACACUUUUUUUUUUUUUUUUUACCCACUAAAACAGUGGUUUAAACAAAGAUUUUUGAACAAGGAAUGCCAAUCAGUUACCAUGUUAAUAUUUUUAACAGUGGAGAUUAAACUACUAUUCAGUGUGUUUAACAAAUUGGCCAAAGUGUAUCUAGAGCGAGUUUCUGACCACUUGAAAGUGACAUUAACGCUUACUUUUUACACAUGAACGUUCGUGAACACGCACAAAUAAUUAUAUAAACUAAACUUAUAGAUGAUCAACAAGUGCAUUGCAAGUUUACUAACCCAGUUAAUUUUGUCUAAAAAUCAUUCAACUCUGUUUUGGCUUGUAAUAUGCAUGUCCCUCGUCUGUUUUUCUGAAAUCUCCACAAACACCUCACAAGAAAACUUCAAAACGUGGGUAUUUUUUAUUAGAUAAACCUUGAAACUGUGUAAUGACACGUCAUGUGUUGUUAAUCUGAGGUUGUAUUAACUAAUUUUAAAGAACACUAUAGUCAUCAGAACAACUACAGCUUAAUGUAGUUGUUCUGGUGAGUAUAAUCAUUACCUGCAGGCAUUUUCAUGUAAACACUGCCUUUUCAGAGAAAAGGCAGGGUUUACAUUGCCUCUAGGGACACCUCCAAGUGGCCGCCUCUCAGAUGGCAACUGGAGGUGCUUCCUGGGUCAGUGCUGCCGAAAAAGUUUGGCACGUUUUCCUAACUCUGCGGUGCAAUCAUGGACAAUACAACUACGCAAUGUUUUUUACUUUUGUGCAUCUCCCACAUAUCUCAAGUUGGAUUUUUAAAGUGUCCUUGAGAAAUCAUGUUGCCACAACUAUAUCCGAGUCCCCAGUGUAUUGUGUUUUAAACUGUGGGUAACUGUGCAACUGAAGAGUGAAGUCUAACACACAAUCCUUGCCGAUGCUCAUUUGCAUGUCACUCUAGGAUUACUGGGAUAGUUGUGGAAAUAUGAUUUCACAUGUUUCUGUGCCUAAGAAUGACACUUCAACUGAAGAUAUUGAAUUUAUCUGAUUAUCAAUGAACUAAGUGGGUUUUAGAAGUCCAAAUUUACAUUAUAUUGUAAUGGCAGCACAAUUUAGCAUUUUAGUAAAUUAGGAAUACACCUAAAUAGUACACUGCCUAAAAACACCCUAACCUCUUACUCUAUUUGUAUGGUUUUAACCCCUUAAGGACACAUGAUGUGUGACUUGUCAUGAUUCCCUUUUAUUCCAGAAGUUUGGUCCUUAAGGGGUUAAAUCCUUUCUUUUUAACUGUUUAGAAUACAAAAUGUAUCCUAGACUUCCUUUAACAGAUGUGAUAAGCAUUUUUCUGAAUUAACUGGCAACGUAGCACCUGGGUAUACAAUUUGUACAAAAUCUUUUGGUUUCUGAGCUAAUAUUUAUAGAUCAGUGGGAUGGACUCUGUCAGUGACUUUCCUAUAUGAAGUUCUGUGUUCACACAAAUUGUAGUGUUUUUUUGUUUUUGUUUUUGUCAGUUGUGGGAUUGCACAUAAACUACUUUGCAGCCAUUGGACUUCAUAACUGGAAAUGUGUAAAAUACUUGUCUGAAACCCUUGCAAUGAUUUUUCUGUACUUCAUACAUCCUUGACUGGUGACGUUACUAUAAGUCAAAGUAGGACAACAGAUGCAGUUACUAUAACCAGAUUCUUUUUUUUUUUUUUUUUUUUUUAAGAAUGAAAUAAAAGAUGCCUUUUCCCUUAUUUUUCCUCGUACAGGAUUUCUCCUAUUUCUCAGAGGCUUCAUUAAUUAUGCAAAGGUCCGGAAGAUGCCUGAUAACUUCUCUACUCUGCCCAGGACCAGAGUUCUCUUUAUCUAUUAAAGGUAUAAUUAUCUGUUCUAUCAAACUAUCUUUAUGCUUACCUUCAAUAUCCCAUUAUAUAUAAUAUAUAACAUUUCUACUGCAUUUCGUGUUAAAUGGUUUAAACAGAAUCCCCGGUUAUCUGCUUUUAUGAGAAUGUGUCUGGAAUCACUUCACAGCCAUUCAUUUGCCUUGCUUAAAGGAACACUCCAAGCUCACAACCAUUACAGGACAAUUUAGAGGUUAUGGUGCCAGGGGUGCUCUGCACUCUUUCAGGGUUGGUAGUCAAUCAAUUUGCGAACUAUUUGAAAACUCACCUAGGGUCCAUCAGUCACCUCCUCCUGUGUAGUGACCUACUCUGGCGGUGCAUGGCUUAGCUCGUUGGUGAAAGUGUCCGGCUGAUCCUCUUUGUCAAUGUUCUAGCCCAGCAAUGCUUUACUCUGUGGAGCCAAGGGUAGCUACUUGCAAGAGCAUCAGGCUCCACUAGAAGCUGUAACCUUUGCCUGGUGUACCCAAGGCAAGUUGUCAAUCUGCUCGCAAGGUGUUUUCUAUUUUCCCUGGGAGAGUGCUUCUGGCACAAUAACCGCUACAGUGAGAAAAAAUCUUCAACAUCUUUAAAAAAAUUAAUAAAAAAAAUCUAUUGUACAAAUAGAGUGCAUAUGACUCGUACUGUCCUGAGCUUUGCUCGUGGAAAAACUGUUUCUGUAUAUGUACUUUGUCAAGAUCAUUAGAUCAGGUAUGGGUUGCAUAUUUAAAGAAGAAGCUUAUCUCCAAGAGUAAUUGCUUAAUGAAUUUAGCUUGAUAUUAACUUCAUAGUGGCUCUAAUUAAGUAGGCAGAGCAGAACAGUCCGAUUAAAAAAUAAAAAAUAAAUACACACUAUAUUUUUAUAUUAUAUACAUACACAAAAAAUAUUAAAACUACAACAAAUAGAUAAAAAAUACAUAAUGACUGAAUGCCUGUUCCUAAAAAUGAAGUUUAGUUUUCAAAUAAGAAGUGUUCAUCUCCUACAUCUACAUAGUAGUAGGUAAUCUCAGUUUUACCUGGAACAAACUGAAAAAUACAUAAAAAAUGUGAACAGGCACUAAAAAUGCUGCAUGAAAAGUUCUCUCCACCAGGUACACUUUAAGGUGACCUUUAAAUAAAAGCCCAGUGAUCAUUUAGCGGCAGAAACUAUAAUAAAAUUAUACAUUGUUGUGCCUAAAGUGAGUAGAUUAGAAGUCCAAGUAAAAUGCUGUUGUAUUUUCUCCAAGUAAUGUUCAGUUAAAGGAUAAGGUGAGCUUAUAACAAAUGUACCAUUCAUUAGUGUAAAAAUAUGUAAAUAGCAUAGAACUUAUCCUGUGGAACAAAAAUAAAGUUGCAAACAUGUAUAUUUUAGAAAGAGUUUGUAGACUUUCACUUUUAUGGCAAUACUGGUUGCAGUACAUGCCGCUGCCGCGCACUGUCAAAAGAUUAUCUUGUACCAUAGCAAACCGCGCCACCUGAUAGCUACAGUCCACACUCUUGGAGGUGACAAGAUCCCCUUUAAAUGUAGUUAUUAGCUAAAAUUAAUUUAUCAGAGUUCAACUGGAAUUGCCCAGGGGCAGGCAAAUCUGGUAAAUAAAGUAAUUUGCUAUUUGGCAAGGAAAUUUUGUAAAAUCCAGACUAUUUGCCCACUGACAAUGUGAGAAGCCUGCAUGAAAUUAUUUAAAAACAAACAAAAAAUAACUUCUUAGGCAGCAAGAGGAUUAAAUGUGGCUUUGAAUCUCUAUCACCUGCUCAACUUUUAAUACCAUAUGUUCUGGGCAAUGGGAUAAGUAUAUGAGAUUAAUAGGGGAAGGGGGGGGGGGGGCUUUCUGUUGACCCCUUAACAUCCCCACCACUUCCCAGCAGUGGAGGCAUUUAAAUAACGAAAAAACAAAAUAGUAGCUGGGGUGAGUAGAGUAGAAAUUCACCCUUGGUGGGUGUGCUGUGCAUCCUCUAAGCUUACAGUGUCGAGGAUCUAUUAAGGGCUGGCUAUUAUUGUAGGAAUACUCAGUAGUAUGGUUGGUAUAGGUCAGUAAAAUAACUGGGGAGGCCCUAGCAAUGGUUCUCUCCCCACGUAUGGGCAUCAGGUGGAUGCUAAACAAUAAUAGUGGCGAUGGACAUACCAUUUUCCACACCCUUUUCCCUCUUGCCCCCCAAGAUGUACCCUUGACCCAACCCAUGGAAUGCAGGUGGGGAGAUAAUUAUAAUAGAACAGGAUAUGAACAACCUCCUGCCCACACUUUCACCCAUGGCAAUUUUGUGGCGGUUGUAGUACAAUAAGUGGGUAGACACAUAAUUGUUCACCACACUAUACCCUCGGACCACCAAUGCCAUCAGGUGGAGAAUUGUAUGUUAUAUAAAGGUGUGAGCAGGUCAACAGCUCCCUCACCCUUGCCCUUCAUCCUCAAUGUUUUUUUCUGCCUACCCAUCUAUACUAGUUAUAGUAAAGCCUUUAAAAAAAAAAAAAAAAAAAACUUAUACCAUUAGAAUUUUAUUUUAUUUAUUUCUUAAACAAUCCCUAAAUAUAAUCAAUUCAAACCACAUAAUGUACAUAGACCUGCAAGGCAUUAUUUUGUGAUUCAACUAAUCAGCAGGUAGAAUGAGCCACCCUCCAGAAGGAAAUAGACUGCCAGCUGGGAGCUCCACUCUGUGCUAAUUAUUAUUAUUAACUUGAAGCUUGAUACGAUGUGCACCUUGUCAGAUAACAUUAUUCACGCAAUAUAGUCUGUAGAUACAUUCAUUGCGUAACACACGCUAUUGAUUACAAAAAAGAAUAAAAAGGUCCAAGCAAAAUUUUAUCUUUCUACAAAACAAGCAUGAACAAGUUGACUAUUUCAUAUGAAUUUAGUACAGAAGACCAUGCAGAAAACUGCUGCUUAGUGUUUCAGACUAUUUUUUUUUAUUUUUUUUUUAAAGGGCACCAUAAGCAACAUAUCCAUUACAGCUUGCUGUAGUAGAUUUGUUGCUUGGUGUCCUCUGGUGCUGCCUCUCCGUUUAAUCAUAAUACAGAUUAAGGAACAGCGUACACAUUAAAAAAAUAUAAAUAUAUACAGUUUUACAUUUUAUAAGGCUACUUAACAUCAACUAUCUCGGCAAACAAAUAUGGAGAUUCAGUUCAACCAUAUGGCUAUAUCAUGUUAAUGCAUUUAUUUUUUUUCAUUUGAAAUUUUUAUUAUAUUUUCAAAUUAAGUUGAGGAUUGGGGUACAGAAACAAAAAAGGGGAGGAGAGGGGGAGUCAUCUUUGGUACAAUGCAUUUUAAAAACAACUGAGUGUCAUAGCAUGUUUUAUACAUUCAUAGAAUGUUGAUACAAUAAGGUAAUAAAGGUUGUCAACAGUUCAAUGCCAAUAUGGUUCAUGGAUCAUAAAAAAAAAAAAAAAGAGGUGUGUACAGGGGGCGUGGCUAGCAUGUUCAUGGAGUAAGUCGCACACUCCCAAGGCUCUGCAACUUCUGCCCACAUAGCCCCUAAUAAUAAGCACUCUUACCCUCCGAAAUGGGGAAACCGUGACUCCUGGACCCUCAACCUCUGGUUCACCGAGGCGAACAGCGGGCCCUAUGGAUGAAUUCCUAUCCACCCCCGAUAGCCUCCGACACAUGUGGCCGGCAGAAUAGAUGGCGCCGAACUCUCCUGGCGCGAAUAGCAUAGCAGACUCCCUGCCGGGCUCCCUGCGAGCUGAAUCACUGACCCAGAUCUCAGCCUUACUGGCUACAAUCUCUGCCAACAUGCUCACUAGGGCUGACAAAACAGCCUUAGUGGCAGAGCUGUGCUCUGUGAUAAGGGAGGAAAUCCAGGAAGUGCGCAGGGACCUCACUGCCCUCGAGCAUCGGGUCACCUAGCUGGAAGCUGACUGUCUGCAGGCCUACCAACACUCUCAAGCAGCUGACAAUGAAACCUCCAGGCAGGGCACAGUUCUCGAGGACCUUGACGAUCGAGGCCAACAAAAUAAUAUAUGCAUCAGAAAACUACCCGAGCGAGAAGACUAGAUUCUUGUUGAUACCCUGACACAGCUAUUUACACAGAUCACGUGCCCACGUGUCCAGUGCCGCCUGACCCACAGUGUGCCGACCUUGAGACACUGGCGCCCCCUUGUUCCCAUAUUGCCUCGGAAGCAUGAUGGAUGAAGACCACAGGGGGUAUUUACACUACUGACCCCGCAGCCCCCGUGACACUUGAUAUUGCCACCUCCGGGGUUGUAUCCCCUGCAUAGACCGGGACUGUGAAAUUGGCAAUGAGUGGGAGAUGUUUGUUUGAGUGUGGGAACGUGGGUACUAGACCUCCCAUGCAGUGUCUGCUUGGAGGGGUGCAGCCAGUUGCCUGGUGUACUCUGCACGGGGAACAUGUGUACACAACUAGCCCUAAUCGCCACAGUAGCCUAAGAACUAGGCUGCUAGGCCCGAGACUGUUCCCUGCUGACCCUGUCUGCCAUGCCCAUCUUGGCCAUAUCCUGGUAUACCGAUAGCUUGUCCAGCAGGGACCGGCUCCCACAGUGUUGGGUAUGCUCUCCACGAUUUCCCGUGCAUGCGGUGUGCCUGUGAUGAGUCCUUAACGUCCCUGAAAAAUGCAAACCGCUCCUGCGGACACUGGUCACACAGGGCAUUGGUAGCAUUUUUGCAGGAGACACACUUUAAAGAAGGGAGUGCCCCUGCGCUAGGAGACAGGUGUUUCCCACAGGGCUAAUUCACAAACCACCAGGAAGCCAAGUGAUCUGGAGUAGCCAUACUCUUUGCGCAGACAGUACCAUUCCAAUGCACAGCCACGCAGGUGGACCCACUAGGUCGGUAUCUCUUUGUGAAGGGUAUCAUAGCGGACCGUCCAUAAUCUCUGGCUGACAUAUACUGCCCCAACUGGGGUCAACAUUUAUUCCUGGCUUGGACCCUGUCCCUCCUGGAGUGGUUUAGAGAGGGUCUUCUGGUGUUGGUGGGGGACCUGAAUCUACUACUAAACCCGUGCGUGGACUCUUCUAGGGGCACUAGUGCAAUUCCUACACACUGCAUACACUGGGCCAAACUUGCUGGAGGGUGGCUCACCUGGAUGGCAGAGACUGCCACUCUGCCGCUCUCAACCAAUACAGCAGGAUCGACUAUAUCUUCGUAGCACAGGAAUUCCUCCCCUUGCUAAUUACCGCAGACAUAGGGAUCCACUGGGACUCGGACCAUGCCCCUGUUGCCAUCCAGCUUAACUCGCCCCUAUUUAAACCAAAGGAACAACAAUGGAGACUGAACGUUUUAUCCGACGCAGAGAGUGUAGCACUGACCGUACAAGCACUUACUCAAUAUUUCGAAACCAAUGCCUCCACUGAUGUAUCCCCGUUAAUAACUUGGAAGGCGCAUAAAUGCGUCAUCGGAGGGUAUUAUUAAAAAAAAAAAAAAAAAAAUCUGCAUACAACGUAAACAAGAGAAUGCCAGACAAGUGGUAGAAUUGACCAGACGAAUAGCUGGCCUAGAGACCGCACACAAACGAGAAAUGACAAGAGGUAUACCUACGACUGAUGCACGUAGACGACUCAGACUUCCUCUCCCAGAAACUUCUCAAUAUGAUUCGUAAGUCCAAUCGAUACUUUUUUGAGUACUCGUACAAAUGGGGCAGACUGCUGGUGCAGACCCUGCAACAAAGACAGAGGUAAUGCCACAUCCACAAAAUAAAUGCCCACAAUCUAACAUGAGGACAUGAGGAAGUUGAGUGUGUGCUUUUUGCUCUUUGGAUGCUCUGGACUCCGCUUAUUUUGGCUCCUCAAGAAAUGAGCUAUGGGAGCUUCACAUAUGUGCAGCCGGUCAGUUCAAGCUCCAGUUCACGCCCCCUCAAUACAUUUUUUAAAAUUGUAUUUAUCACAUUCAUUUUGUGUGUGUGUGUGUGUGUGUGUGUGUGUGUGUGUAUAUAUAUAUAUAUAUAUAUAUAUAUAUAUAUAUAUAUAUAUAUAUAUAUAUAUAUAUAUAUAUAUAUAUAUAUAUAUUCACAAUGCUCUUACAACAGAUUAUUUAAAUACACUUUAGUUCAUUUAGCACUAGCUCUAUUAAUUUGUCUUCCACGUUGGAAUUAGUGUAGGACCCACUGAUAUUGGGGUACUGUGAAGUAGCUGUGGCUUAACCAUAUGGUUAUACCAUAUGGUGGUACUGAAUCCCCCAUUUGUUUGCUGAAUUAAGUGAUUUUAAGUAGCUUUGCAAAAUUUAAAACUGUAUUCUAAAAAAGUAAUUUUUAUUUUUUUAUUUGUGCAUAGUAUCCAGUCUGUAUUAUGGAUACAUUUUGGUCUCUAUGGCAGCACCAUUCCUGUAAAAUUAAUGUUCCAAUUGGGCCCCCAAAUCCCUGUUUGUCUUGCCUCUCAGUUUAAUAUCCAACGGUUUAAAUGCAGUUUGAUAUGAAUGGCAGGUUUUCUUGACCGUCUACACAUCCACUUUGUGUAGUUCCAUAUUGUCGAAGAACAGUUUUAUAUACCCGUCUCCAUCUCUGCUAUAUUGAUAGUUUGAAAUUGUUAUGCUGAGGUCAGUGCCAGGGCACUCUAGGAAACAUAACCACUACCACAAGUCUAAUUGCUUAUGAUGCUCAGUUUGUCCCUUUAAAGGGGCUGUAUUCUGUUCAGAGUUUAUGCGAUCUCUAAUUUACAUGUAAUUUACACAUCAGUGCUUUGCAAUCUGUAAACUAUUAUCAUGAAAGUCCCAUGUAUCAUAACCCUUGAGGGGUGUAGCUUGAUACCCCUGGUUUAAUGCAAUACAGGAAAUAUAUCAGGCCCAUUAAUAUAAAAGGCCUGAUAUCCAUUACAAAUAGGAAGUAGUAUUUUAGGUUUUAAAAACAUAAUUAUAAUAAUUUCCAAGAAUCUUUAGCAGCUAGAUUUAGGAGUAGAUAAAUAGAUAAUCUUUAAUAUAUAAAGCAAAAGGUAUGUGUUAAUUUUAAAGGGACACACCAGUCAGUAUUUGUCCCAUGCUGGUUUUUAAUGCUUAAUAAAAUACCGCAAAAACAAGAAUAUGAAAUUAAUAAAAAUGUUUGAUAUUGAAGAAUUUUAUGCAAAACUCCAGACUGUGCAGAAUUUGCAAUGUACUCGUGCUUUCUUUCUUUUUGAAUAUUGAGUAUUGAAGAGGUCAGUGUGUAUAGGCACAAUAAGCGUUUUGGAUGCUGUAGUUAGAAGACCAUAUUAAUGAAGUGGUCUGGGUGCAAUCUAAAGCAUUGCUGUUUAGUUCAUUCGCCAAUCCUUACAUUGCAGGAUUUAAUAUGCAUCUAGUGGCAGCCUACCUGACAGCCAGUAAUUGUGCUUUCACUGUGAGAACAGAGUCAAUCUUUGUUCUCACAGCUAGCUUCCAAUAUAAGUUAUUGUGUGAUUUAAAGGAACAGUGUAGUGUUAGGAAUACAAACCUGUAACACUAUUUGCAGGUUUUUUGUUUGUUUUUUUUAACCCCCUCCUCCCUCCCCCCCCCCAAUAUCCAGUAAUAAUUAUUAAUUUAUUUAUUUUAAAACUAACAUUUAGUCCAGUGCAGAAACCCCUUGGAGCUGCAAGUCACUCAUUCUCCUGCAACAUCAUACACCUCUCUACCUUAUGGGCAAUCCAAUGCAGAGGAGUAUUGGAAACUGAUGCGCAAGUGAAAGUAGGAAAGCAAAAAAGUAAAUUGGCUUCUGCGUCAAAUGACCAUUUUUUGUCUGGAUCUAACCCUGCAGUUUAAACAUUGCGAUUUCUAAAAAAAAAACUGAAAUGUUUUAUAUUGCAGUAUUAAAACCAAAUGACACAGACCACUUCAUUGGGAUGAAGUAAUCUGGGUGGGUUUUGUGGUGGUCCUUUUUAAUUGUUCGUCUUUCUCCAUGACACAGAGCAACUGAACCGUGUCUUAGACAGAGAUUUUUAUCCUCUUUCUUUCUCUGCUGGAUGAGGAACAGGAAUGCCAAGAAGAUUUUUGACAUAUUUGCUUUGCAAUGCAAAGCAAUGGCCACAAAUCACUUGUAUACAUCCAAUUGGUAGUGUAGGGGUUUAAUAGGCAAGACCUCUUGCAGCAUUCAUAUCACGGAUGUGCUCAGAGGCUGCAAUGUUGUAUUAUUUUAAUCUAAUAUAAUUUGUUAGGGCUUGGUAUCAACUUGUACAAUACCUUGAAUGGAGGAAUCCUUACGUCUCUAGUAUGGUGGUAAUGAGGCUCUGCUUGGCAUCUUACAACACAUAACUAGAAAGGCAUCAUGUUAGCCACUGGUUUCUAUAAUAAACAAUAUAAUUAGUUUGUGCCUUCCUAAAUAGAGAACAUCAUGUUCUAAUACAUUGUGUACUCAUCUCUCACGUCAACUCUACCAUACGUAUCUGGUAUAUAUAACCUUCUUACAGGAAAGAAGUACAAUUCUUUCAUUCAUGAUCUCAUAUCCUUUUUUGUUUACAGAUGUCUUUGGGGUCCUGACCUUCCUGCAAUCACAUGCUUAUCCUUUACCGAGGCACCACAAACACCUGCAGGAAGAGAACUGAAACACCGAAGGGAUUAAAAAUGACCUGCUACAUUUAGAAAUAAAACAAAAUCCCAAAAAGAAGCAACGGCAAGCAAACAAAAAGUACUGUUGAAAACGAAGAAGAAAUUAAGCAUAUUUUUUUGUUGUUUGUUUCUAGGUGUAAAACUUUAAUAGUUAUUUGCGAAUUUCUGUUAUUAUGGAAUCAUUAGUGGCUAUUGUUAAAAUCAAAGUUCUAGCAAUCAACUUUGUGACGUACUAAUAAAGCCUUAUAUAUUGUUUGUAUAAAAUAAAUUCCACACCAUUGACUAUGCUCCUUCUACCAGUAGAGGGCAGUCUUGCUUCAGCUUUUCCCAUCUCUUAAUUUGACAGCAGUGCAAAUGUUUUAGUGUACUAUAUUGUGUUUUGCUUUGCGGAAACGGUUAUAGCCUGACAGGCAACAGUUUAUGAUAGUCCAGUCCUUACAAUUAGUGUGAGUAACUUGGUGUAACAUAAACUGUCUUAAUUUCAAUCACCUUCCAAACAUAGGAAUACGUGUUCAGCAUCUUGUGCAGAUAUGUAAAAAACACAAACAUGUAAUUGGUUUUCUCAUCAUGAUUUUUACAUUUUGAAAUACUCCCCUAUAUCUUGUACAUACACAGACAAGAAGGCUUUAAAAAAAACAAAAAAACAUUGAAUGGAAUCAUAAAGAAAAUAUAAAUGCAGUAUAUCUGAAAAUGAAAGCUUGUAUUUGAUUUCACAAAUUUCUUUCUUUUUUUUUUUUUUAAAUUUAUAGUAUUUCCAUAGAAGUCGCCGCACCUAAGGCAUUGUAUAAGAAGUGUACUGUGCAGUGGCAGUUUUAUUAAACAUCUCUUUGAACAGAUAUGAAGCCCACAUUAGUGUAUUUGAACUUGUUAGGUUAGUUUCAUAGAGCCGCUAGAAGAUUUUGUUUUUUGCAUAUUAAUCAUAUUUUCUCUGUGAGAGAAACUAGCAAUGUGUCUGCCAGAAGAGGGUUAAUUUGAACUACAAACCCUCCAGUUCGUCCAAUCAAUCAGUUUACAAUAAAGGCACCCUGUACUGUAUGUAUGAAGGAUAAUGAGUUCAAAGGCAACUCUGCCACAAAGUAUCCUUUUUUACAUUAUAGCCUGUUUAAUUUUGCUAAAUUAGUGUUAUCAUGUAUUCUUAAUUGGAACAAUGUAAUGUGUAGUUGGAAAUAACCCAUCAGAGAAAAAUGUAGUUUUCAUUCACAUGUAAAUUUUAUAAAACUUAAUUUGUAGUUACACAGUUUAUAUGCAAAUAAGUGUAACUAUUGUGGAUCUAUUGUAACCACACGAUCUGUGAACAGCAAUUGCACACUGGCUACUCAAGAUUAGGAUAGGCAACAUUUUUGCAUCUCAGAAUCACAGUUCUUACUUGUGUUAAGUGUCCAGAGACUUCCAUAUGAUAUGGUAAGAUGCCAUUCACAGAAUUAUACCUCCAAUCAUUGUUCUGCUGUCGUAUCUCAGAAUAACUUUAGUCUGCACAUUGUGACUUGGAAAAUCUCUGGUCACUUCACAAAAUGGAACGAGUGUUUGAAUGUUUUAGGAUUAUUAUUAUUAUUUUUUAAUAGGGGACAAGCUGUCUUGUUUGGGGUGCUAUUGGGGGCAAACCAUAACAUACCUGUACUUUUCUUGUGCUUUUAAAUUGUGUAAGCGAAUCUUUGCAUUUUGUGUAGACUGAUAUGCACCUUUUUUUGCCAAGAGGCAAUUCACUUCAAAGUUUUACGAUGUUAAAAAUGUAAAUAUAGCAGAAUAUUAAUAAAUGUCACUUAUGUAGCAAACUUGUGAGUAUAUUCAUUAGCUUUACCAGAUAUCCUGUAGUAAAUGAGUAAUCUGUACACACGG